GGUGAAGAGGAGGUGCAGGGUGAAGAGGAGGUGCAGGGUGAAGAGGAGGUGCAGGGUGAAGAGGAGGUGCAGGGUGAAGAGGAGGUGCAGGGUGAAGAGGAGGUGCAGGGUGAAGAGGAGGUGCAGGGUGAAGAGCAGGUGCAGGGUGAAGAGGAGGUGCAGGGUGAAGAGGAGGUGCAGGGUGAAGAGGAGGUGCAGGGUGAAGAGGAGGUGCAGGGUGAAGAGGAGGUGCAGGGUGAAGAGCAGGUGCAGGGUGAAGAGGAGGUGCAGGGUGAAGAGCAGGUGCAGGGUGAAGAGCAGGUGCAGGGUGAAGAGGAGGUGCAGGGUGAAGAGCAGGUGCAGGGUGAAGAGCAGGUGCAGGGUGAAGAGGAGGUGCAGGGUGAAGAGGAGGUGCAGGGUGAAGAGGAGGUGCAGGGUGAAGAGGAGGUGCAGGGUGAAGAGGAGGUGCAGGGUGAAGAGGAGGUGCAGGGUGAAGAGGAGGUGCAGGGUGAAGAGGAGGUGCAGGGUGAAGAGGAGGUGCAGGGUGAAGAGCAGGUGCAGGGUGAAGAGGAGGUGCAGGGUGAAGAGCAGGUGCAGGGUGAAGAGCAGGUGCAGGGUGAAGAGGAGGUGCAGGGUGAAGAGGAGGUGCAGGGUGAAGAGGAGGUGCAGGGUGAAGAGCAGGUGCAGGGUGAAGAGGAGGUGCAGGGUGAAGAGGAGGUGCAGGGUGAAGAGGAGGUGCAGGGUGAAGAGGAGGUGCAGGGUGAAGAGGAGGUGCAGGGUGAAGAGCAGGUGCAGGGUGAAGAGCAGGUGCAGGGUGAAGAGCAGGUGCAGGGUGAAGAGCAGGUGCAGGGUGAAGAGGAGGUGCAGGGUGAAGAGGAGGUGCAGGGUGAAGAGCAGGUGCAGGGUGAAGAGGAGGUGCAGGGUGAAGAGGAGGUGCAGGGUGAAGAGGAGGUGCAGGGUGAAGAGCAGGUGCAGGGUGAAGAGGAGGUGCAGGGUGAAGAGGAGGUGCAGGGUGAAGAGGAGGUGCAGGGUGAAGAGGAGGUGCAGGGUGAAGAGGAGGUGCAGGGUGAAGAGCAGGUGCAGGGUGAAGAGGAGGUGCAGGGUGAAGAGCAGGUGCAGGGUGAAGAGGAGGUGCAGGGUGAAGAGCAGGUGCAGGGUGAAGAGGAGGUGCAGGGUGAAGAGGAGGUGCAGGGUGAAGAGGAGGUGCAGGGUGAAGAGGAGGUGCAGGGUGAAGAGGAGGUGCAGGGUGAAGAGGAGGUGCAGGGUGAAGAGGAGGUGCAGGGUGAAGAGGAGGUGCAGGGUGAAGAGCAGGUGCAGGGUGAAGAGCAGGUGCAGGGUGAAGAGGAGGUGCAGGGUGAAGAGGAGGUGCAGGGUGAAGAGCAGGUGCAGGGUGAAGAGCAGGUGCAGGGUGAAGAGCAGGUGCAGGGUGAAGAGGAGGUGCAGGGUGAAGAGCAGGUGCAGGGUGAAGAGGAGGUGCAGGGUGAAGAGCAGGUGCAGGGUGAAGAGGAGGUGCAGGGUGAAGAGGAGGUGCAGGGUGAAGAGGAGGUGCAGGGUGAAGAGGAGGUGCAGGGUGAAGAGGAGGUGCAGGGUGAAGAGGAGGUGCAGGGUGAAGAGGAGGUGCAGGGUGAAGAGGAGGUGCAGGGUGAAGAGGAGGUGCAGGGUGAAGAGGAGGUGCAGGGUGAAGAGCAGGUGCAGGGUGAAGAGCAGGUGCAGGGUGAAGAGCAGGUGCAGGGUGAAGAGGAGGUGCAGGGUGAAGAGGAGGUGCAGGGUGAAGAGGAGGUGCAGGGUGAAGAGCAGGUGCAGGGUGAAGAGGAGGUGCAGGGUGAAGAGCAGGUGCAGGGUGAAGAGGAGGUGCAGGGUGAAGAGGAGGUGCAGGGUGAAGAGGAGGUGCAGGGUGAAGAGGAGGUGCAGGGUGAAGAGCAGGUGCAGGGUGAAGAGCAGGUGCAGGGUGAAGAGCAGGUGCAGGGUGAAGAGGAGGUGCAGGGUGAAGAGGAGGUGCAGGGUGAAGAGGAGGUGCAGGGUGAAGAGCAGGUGCAGGGUGAAGAGCAGGUGCAGGGUGAAGAGCAGGUGCAGGGUGAAGAGCAGGUGCAGGGUGAAGAGGAGGUGCAGGGUGAAGAGGAGGUGCAGGGUGAAGAGGAGGUGCAGGGUGAAGAGGAGGUGCAGGGUGAAGAGGAGGUGCAGGGUGAAGAGGAGGUGCAGGGUGAAGAGGAGGUGCAGGGUGAAGAGCAGGUGCAGGGUGAAGAGGAGGUGCAGGGUGAAGAGCAGGUGCAGGGUGAAGAGGAGGUGCAGGGUGAAGAGGAGGUGCAGGGUGAAGAGGAGGUGCAGGGUGAAGAGGAGGUGCAGGGUGAAGAGGAGGUGCAGGGUGAAGAGGAGGUGCAGGGUGAAGAGGAGGUGCAGGGUGAAGAGGAGGUGCAGGGUGAAGAGGAGGUGCAGGGUGAAGAGGAGGUGCAGGGUGAAGAGCAGGUGCAGGGUGAAGAGCAGGUGCAGGGUGAAGAGGAGGUGCAGGGUGAAGAGGAGGUGCAGGGUGAAGAGGAGGUGCAGGGUGAAGAGGAGGUGCAGGGUGAAGAGCAGGUGCAGGGUGAAGAGCAGGUGCAGGGUGAAGAGCAGGUGCAGGGUGAAGAGCAGGUGCAGGGUGAAGAGCAGGUGCAGGGUGAAGAGGAGGUGCAGGGUGAAGAGGAGGUGCAGGGUGAAGAGGAGGUGCAGGGUGAAGAGGAGGUGCAGGGUGAAGAGGAGGUGCAGGGUGAAGAGGAGGUGCAGGGUGAAGAGGAGGUGCAGGGUGAAGAGGAGGUGCAGGGUGAAGAGCAGGUGCAGGGUGAAGAGGAGGUGCAGGGUGAAGAGCAGGUGCAGGGUGAAGAGGAGGUGCAGGGUGAAGAGGAGGUGCAGGGUGAAGAGGAGGUGCAGGGUGAAGAGCAGGUGCAGGGUGAAGAGGAGGUGCAGGGUGAAGAGGAGGUGCAGGGUGAAGAGGAGGUGCAGGGUGAAGAGGAGGUGCAGGGUGAAGAGGAGGUGCAGGGUGAAGAGGAGGUGCAGGGUGAAGAGGAGGUGCAGGGUGAAGAGGAGGUGCAGGGUGAAGAGGAGGUGCAGGGUGAAGAGGAGGUGCAGGGUGAAGAGGAGGUGCAGGGUGAAGAGGAGGUGCAGGGUGAAGAGGAGGUGCAGGGUGAAGAGGAGGUGCAGGGUGAAGAGGAGGUGCAGGGUGAAGAGGAGGUGCAGGGUGAAGAGGAGGUGCAGGGUGAAGAGGAGGUGCAGGGUGAAGAGGAGGUGCAGGGUGAAGAGGAGGUGCAGGGUGAAGAGGAGGUGCAGGGUGAAGAGGAGGUGCAGGGUGAAGAGGAGGUGCAGGGUGAAGAGGAGGUGCAGGGUGAAGAGGAGGUGCAGGGUGAAGAGGAGGUGCAGGGUGAAGAGGAGGUGCAGGGUGAAGAGGAGGUGCAGGGUGAAGAGGAGGUGCAGGGUGAAGAGGAGGUGCAGGGUGAAGAGGAGGUGCAGGGUGAAGAGGAGGUGCAGGGUGAAGAGGAGGUGCAGGGUGAAGAGGAGGUGCAGGGUGAAGAGGAGGUGCAGGGUGAAGAGGAGGUGCAGGGUGAAGAGGAGGUGCAGGGUGAAGAGGAGGUGCAGGGUGAAGAGGAGGUGCAGGGUGAAGAGGAGGUGCAGGGUGAAGAGGAGGUGCAGGGUGAAGAGGAGGUGCAGGGUGAAGAGGAGGUGCAGGGUGAAGAGGAGGUGCAGGGUGAAGAGCAGGUGCAGGGUGAAGAGGAGGUGCAGGGUGAAGAGGAGGUGCAGGGUGAAGAGCAGGUGCAGGGUGAAGAGGAGGUGCAGGGUGAAGAGGAGGUGCAGGGUGAAGAGGAGGUGCAGGGUGAAGAGGAGGUGCAGGGUGAAGAGGAGGUGCAGGGUGAAGAGGAGGUGCAGGGUGAAGAGGAGGUGCAGGGUGAAGAGCAGGUGCAGGGUGAAGAGGAGGUGCAGGGUGAAGAGCAGGUGCAGGGUGAAGAGGAGGUGCAGGGUGAAGAGGAGGUGCAGGGUGAAGAGGAGGUGCAGGGUGAAGAGGAGGUGCAGGGUGAAGAGGAGGUGCAGGGUGAAGAGGAGGUGCAGGGUGAAGAGGAGGUGCAGGGUGAAGAGGAGGUGCAGGGUGAAGAGGAGGUGCAGGGUGAAGAGGAGGUGCAGGGUGAAGAGCAGGUGCAGGGUGAAGAGGAGGUGCAGGGUGAAGAGGAGGUGCAGGGUGAAGAGGAGGUGCAGGGUGAAGAGGAGGUGCAGGGUGAAGAGGAGGUGCAGGGUGAAGAGGAGGUGCAGGGUGAAGAGGAGGUGCAGGGUGAAGAGCAGGUGCAGGGUGAAGAGGAGGUGCAGGGUGAAGAGGAGGUGCAGGGUGAAGAGGAGGUGCAGGGUGAAGAGGAGGUGCAGGGUGAAGAGGAGGUGCAGGGUGAAGAGGAGGUGCAGGGUGAAGAGGAGGUGCAGGGUGAAGAGGAGGUGCAGGGUGAAGAGGAGGUGCAGGGUGAAGAGGAGGUGCAGGGUGAAGAGGAGGUGCAGGGUGAAGAGGAGGUGCAGGGUGAAGAGGAGGUGCAGGGUGAAGAGGAGGUGCAGGGUGAAGAGGAGGUGCAGGGUGAAGAGGAGGUGCAGGGUGAAGAGCAGGUGCAGGGUGAAGAGGAGGUGCAGGGUGAAGAGGAGGUGCAGGGUGAAGAGGAGGUGCAGGGUGAAGAGGAGGUGCAGGGUGAAGAGGAGGUGCAGGGUGAAGAGGAGGUGCAGGGUGAAGAGGAGGUGCAGGGUGAAGAGGAGGUGCAGGGUGAAGAGGAGGUGCAGGGUGAAGAGGAGGUGCAGGGUGAAGAGGAGGUGCAGGGUGAAGAGGAGGUGCAGGGUGAAGAGGAGGUGCAGGGUGAAGAGGAGGUGCAGGGUGAAGAGGAGGUGCAGGGUGAAGAGGAGGUGCAGGGUGAAGAGCAGGUGCAGGGUGAAGAGGAGGUGCAGGGUGAAGAGGAGGUGCAGGGUGAAGAGGAGGUGCAGGGUGAAGAGGAGGUGCAGGGUGAAGAGGAGGUGCAGGGUGAAGAGGAGGUGCAGGGUGAAGAGGAGGUGCAGGGUGAAGAGGAGGUGCAGGGUGAAGAGGAGGUGCAGGGUGAAGAGGAGGUGCAGGGUGAAGAGGAGGUGCAGGGUGAAGAGGAGGUGCAGGGUGAAGAGGAGGUGCAGGGUGAAGAGGAGGUGCAGGGUGAAGAGGAGGUGCAGGGUGAAGAGGAGGUGCAGGGUGAAGAGGAGGUGCAGGGUGAAGAGGAGGUGCAGGGUGAAGAGGAGGUGCAGGGUGAAGAGGAGGUGCAGGGUGAAGAGGAGGUGCAGGGUGAAGAGGAGGUGCAGGGUGAAGAGGAGGUGCAGGGUGAAGAGGAGGUGCAGGGUGAAGAGGAGGUGCAGGGUGAAGAGGAGGUGCAGGGUGAAGAGGAGGUGCAGGGUGAAGAGCAGGUGCAGGGUGAAGAGGAGGUGCAGGGUGAAGAGGAGGUGCAGGGUGAAGAGGAGGUGCAGGGUGAAGAGGAGGUGCAGGGUGAAGAGGAGGUGCAGGGUGAAGAGGAGGUGCAGGGUGAAGAGGAGGUGCAGGGUGAAGAGGAGGUGCAGGGUGAAGAGGAGGUGCAGGGUGAAGAGGAGGUGCAGGGUGAAGAGGAGGUGCAGGGUGAAGAGGAGGUGCAGGGUGAAGAGGAGGUGCAGGGUGAAGAGGAGGUGCAGGGUGAAGAGGAGGUGCAGGGUGAAGAGGAGGUGCAGGGUGAAGAGGAGGUGCAGGGUGAAGAGGAGGUGCAGGGUGAAGAGGAGGUGCAGGGUGAAGAGGAGGUGCAGGGUGAAGAGGAGGUGCAGGGUGAAGAGCAGGUGCAGGGUGAAGAGGAGGUGCAGGGUGAAGAGGAGGUGCAGGGUGAAGAGGAGGUGCAGGGUGAAGAGGAGGUGCAGGGUGAAGAGGAGGUGCAGGGUGAAGAGGAGGUGCAGGGUGAAGAGCAGGUGCAGGGUGAAGAGGAGGUGCAGGGUGAAGAGGAGGUGCAGGGUGAAGAGGAGGUGCAGGGUGAAGAGGAGGUGCAGGGUGAAGAGGAGGUGCAGGGUGAAGAGGAGGUGCAGGGUGAAGAGGAGGUGCAGGGUGAAGAGGAGGUGCAGGGUGAAGAGGAGGUGCAGGGUGAAGAGGAGGUGCAGGGUGAAGAGCAGGUGCAGGGUGAAGAGGAGGUGCAGGGUGAAGAGGAGGUGCAGGGUGAAGAGGAGGUGCAGGGUGAAGAGGAGGUGCAGGGUGAAGAGGAGGUGCAGGGUGAAGAGGAGGUGCAGGGUGAAGAGGAGGUGCAGGGUGAAGAGGAGGUGCAGGGUGAAGAGGAGGUGCAGGGUGAAGAGGAGGUGCAGGGUGAAGAGGAGGUGCAGGGUGAAGAGGAGGUGCAGGGUGAAGAGGAGGUGCAGGGUGAAGAGGAGGUGCAGGGUGAAGAGCAGGUGCAGGGUGAAGAGGAGGUGCAGGGUGAAGAGGAGGUGCAGGGUGAAGAGGAGGUGCAGGGUGAAGAGGAGGUGCAGGGUGAAGAGGAGGUGCAGGGUGAAGAGGAGGUGCAGGGUGAAGAGGAGGUGCAGGGUGAAGAGGAGGUGCAGGGUGAAGAGGAGGUGCAGGGUGAAGAGGAGGUGCAGGGUGAAGAGGAGGUGCAGGGUGAAGAGGAGGUGCAGGGUGAAGAGGAGGUGCAGGGUGAAGAGGAGGUGCAGGGUGAAGAGGAGGUGCAGGGUGAAGAGGAGGUGCAGGGUGAAGAGGAGGUGCAGGGUGAAGAGGAGGUGCAGGGUGAAGAGGAGGUGCAGGGUGAAGAGGAGGUGCAGGGUGAAGAGGAGGUGCAGGGUGAAGAGGAGGUGCAGGGUGAAGAGGAGGUGCAGGGUGAAGAGGAGGUGCAGGGUGAAGAGGAGGUGCAGGGUGAAGAGGAGGUGCAGGGUGAAGAGGAGGUGCAGGGUGAAGAGGAGGUGCAGGGUGAAGAGGAGGUGCAGGGUGAAGAGGAGGUGCAGGGUGAAGAGGAGGUGCAGGGUGAAGAGGAGGUGCAGGGUGAAGAGGAGGUGCAGGGUGAAGAGGAGGUGCAGGGUGAAGAGGAGGUGCAGGGUGAAGAGGAGGUGCAGGGUGAAGAGGAGGUGCAGGGUGAAGAGGAGGUGCAGGGUGAAGAGGAGGUGCAGGGUGAAGAGGAGGUGCAGGGUGAAGAGGAGGUGCAGGGUGAAGAGGAGGUGCAGGGUGAAGAGGAGGUGCAGGGUGAAGAGGAGGUGCAGGGUGAAGAGGAGGUGCAGGGUGAAGAGGAGGUGCAGGGUGAAGAGGAGGUGCAGGGUGAAGAGGAGGUGCAGGGUGAAGAGGAGGUGCAGGGUGAAGAGGAGGUGCAGGGUGAAGAGGAGGUGCAGGGUGAAGAGGAGGUGCAGGGUGAAGAGGAGGUGCAGGGUGAAGAGGAGGUGCAGGGUGAAGAGGAGGUGCAGGGUGAAGAGGAGGUGCAGGGUGAAGAGGAGGUGCAGGGUGAAGAGGAGGUGCAGGGUGAAGAGGAGGUGCAGGGUGAAGAGGAGGUGCAGGGUGAAGAGGAGGUGCAGGGUGAAGAGGAGGUGCAGGGUGAAGAGGAGGUGCAGGGUGAAGAGGAGGUGCAGGGUGAAGAGGAGGUGCAGGGUGAAGAGGAGGUGCAGGGUGAAGAGGAGGUGCAGGGUGAAGAGGAGGUGCAGGGUGAAGAGGAGGUGCAGGGUGAAGAGGAGGUGCAGGGUGAAGAGGAGGUGCAGGGUGAAGAGGAGGUGCAGGGUGAAGAGGAGGUGCAGGGUGAAGAGGAGGUGCAGGGUGAAGAGGAGGUGCAGGGUGAAGAGGAGGUGCAGGGUGAAGAGGAGGUGCAGGGUGAAGAGGAGGUGCAGGGUGAAGAGGAGGUGCAGGGUGAAGAGGAGGUGCAGGGUGAAGAGGAGGUGCAGGGUGAAGAGGAGGUGCAGGGUGAAGAGGAGGUGCAGGGUGAAGAGGAGGUGCAGGGUGAAGAGGAGGUGCAGGGUGAAGAGGAGGUGCAGGGUGAAGAGGAGGUGCAGGGUGAAGAGGAGGUGCAGGGUGAAGAGGAGGUGCAGGGUGAAGAGGAGGUGCAGGGUGAAGAGGAGGUGCAGGGUGAAGAGGAGGUGCAGGGUGAAGAGGAGGUGCAGGGUGAAGAGGAGGUGCAGGGUGAAGAGGAGGUGCAGGGUGAAGAGGAGGUGCAGGGUGAAGAGGAGGUGCAGGGUGAAGAGGAGGUGCAGGGUGAAGAGGAGGUGCAGGGUGAAGAGGAGGUGCAGGGUGAAGAGGAGGUGCAGGGUGAAGAGGAGGUGCAGGGUGAAGAGGAGGUGCAGGGUGAAGAGGAGGUGCAGGGUGAAGAGGAGGUGCAGGGUGAAGAGGAGGUGCAGGGUGAAGAGGAGGUGCAGGGUGAAGAGGAGGUGCAGGGUGAAGAGGAGGUGCAGGGUGAAGAGGAGGUGCAGGGUGAAGAGGAGGUGCAGGGUGAAGAGGAGGUGCAGGGUGAAGAGGAGGUGCAGGGUGAAGAGGAGGUGCAGGGUGAAGAGGAGGUGCAGGGUGAAGAGGAGGUGCAGGGUGAAGAGGAGGUGCAGGGUGAAGAGGAGGUGCAGGGUGAAGAGGAGGUGCAGGGUGAAGAGGAGGUGCAGGGUGAAGAGGAGGUGCAGGGUGAAGAGGAGGUGCAGGGUGAAGAGGAGGUGCAGGGUGAAGAGGAGGUGCAGGGUGAAGAGGAGGUGCAGGGUGAAGAGGAGGUGCAGGGUGAAGAGGAGGUGCAGGGUGAAGAGGAGGUGCAGGGUGAAGAGGAGGUGCAGGGUGAAGAGGAGGUGCAGGGUGAAGAGGAGGUGCAGGGUGAAGAGGAGGUGCAGGGUGAAGAGGAGGUGCAGGGUGAAGAGGAGGUGCAGGGUGAAGAGGAGGUGCAGGGUGAAGAGGAGGUGCAGGGUGAAGAGGAGGUGCAGGGUGAAGAGGAGGUGCAGGGUGAAGAGGAGGUGCAGGGUGAAGAGGAGGUGCAGGGUGAAGAGGAGGUGCAGGGUGAAGAGGAGGUGCAGGGUGAAGAGGAGGUGCAGGGUGAAGAGGAGGUGCAGGGUGAAGAGGAGGUGCAGGGUGAAGAGGAGGUGCAGGGUGAAGAGGAGGUGCAGGGUGAAGAGGAGGUGCAGGGUGAAGAGGAGGUGCAGGGUGAAGAGGAGGUGCAGGGUGAAGAGGAGGUGCAGGGUGAAGAGGAGGUGCAGGGUGAAGAGGAGGUGCAGGGUGAAGAGGAGGUGCAGGGUGAAGAGGAGGUGCAGGGUGAAGAGGAGGUGCAGGGUGAAGAGGAGGUGCAGGGUGAAGAGGAGGUGCAGGGUGAAGAGGAGGUGCAGGGUGAAGAGGAGGUGCAGGGUGAAGAGGAGGUGCAGGGUGAAGAGGAGGUGCAGGGUGAAGAGGAGGUGCAGGGUGAAGAGGAGGUGCAGGGUGAAGAGGAGGUGCAGGGUGAAGAGGAGGUGCAGGGUGAAGAGGAGGUGCAGGGUGAAGAGGAGGUGCAGGGUGAAGAGGAGGUGCAGGGUGAAGAGGAGGUGCAGGGUGAAGAGGAGGUGCAGGGUGAAGAGGAGGUGCAGGGUGAAGAGGAGGUGCAGGGUGAAGAGGAGGUGCAGGGUGAAGAGGAGGUGCAGGGUGAAGAGGAGGUGCAGGGUGAAGAGGAGGUGCAGGGUGAAGAGGAGGUGCAGGGUGAAGAGGAGGUGCAGGGUGAAGAGGAGGUGCAGGGUGAAGAGGAGGUGCAGGGUGAAGAGGAGGUGCAGGGUGAAGAGGAGGUGCAGGGUGAAGAGGAGGUGCAGGGUGAAGAGGAGGUGCAGGGUGAAGAGGAGGUGCAGGGUGAAGAGGAGGUGCAGGGUGAAGAGGAGGUGCAGGGUGAAGAGGAGGUGCAGGGUGAAGAGGAGGUGCAGGGUGAAGAGGAGGUGCAGGGUGAAGAGGAGGUGCAGGGUGAAGAGGAGGUGCAGGGUGAAGAGGAGGUGCAGGGUGAAGAGGAGGUGCAGGGUGAAGAGGAGGUGCAGGGUGAAGAGGAGGUGCAGGGUGAAGAGGAGGUGCAGGGUGAAGAGGAGGUGCAGGGUGAAGAGGAGGUGCAGGGUGAAGAGGAGGUGCAGGGUGAAGAGGAGGUGCAGGGUGAAGAGGAGGUGCAGGGUGAAGAGGAGGUGCAGGGUGAAGAGGAGGUGCAGGGUGAAGAGGAGGUGCAGGGUGAAGAGGAGGUGCAGGGUGAAGAGGAGGUGCAGGGUGAAGAGGAGGUGCAGGGUGAAGAGGAGGUGCAGGGUGAAGAGGAGGUGCAGGGUGAAGAGGAGGUGCAGGGUGAAGAGGAGGUGCAGGGUGAAGAGGAGGUGCAGGGUGAAGAGGAGGUGCAGGGUGAAGAGGAGGUGCAGGGUGAAGAGGAGGUGCAGGGUGAAGAGGAGGUGCAGGGUGAAGAGGAGGUGCAGGGUGAAGAGGAGGUGCAGGGUGAAGAGGAGGUGCAGGGUGAAGAGGAGGUGCAGGGUGAAGAGGAGGUGCAGGGUGAAGAGGAGGUGCAGGGUGAAGAGGAGGUGCAGGGUGAAGAGGAGGUGCAGGGUGAAGAGGAGGUGCAGGGUGAAGAGGAGGUGCAGGGUGAAGAGGAGGUGCAGGGUGAAGAGGAGGUGCAGGGUGAAGAGGAGGUGCAGGGUGAAGAGGAGGUGCAGGGUGAAGAGGAGGUGCAGGGUGAAGAGGAGGUGCAGGGUGAAGAGGAGGUGCAGGGUGAAGAGGAGGUGCAGGGUGAAGAGGAGGUGCAGGGUGAAGAGGAGGUGCAGGGUGAAGAGGAGGUGCAGGGUGAAGAGGAGGUGCAGGGUGAAGAGGAGGUGCAGGGUGAAGAGGAGGUGCAGGGUGAAGAGGAGGUGCAGGGUGAAGAGGAGGUGCAGGGUGAAGAGGAGGUGCAGGGUGAAGAGGAGGUGCAGGGUGAAGAGGAGGUGCAGGGUGAAGAGGAGGUGCAGGGUGAAGAGGAGGUGCAGGGUGAAGAGGAGGUGCAGGGUGAAGAGGAGGUGCAGGGUGAAGAGGAGGUGCAGGGUGAAGAGGAGGUGCAGGGUGAAGAGGAGGUGCAGGGUGAAGAGGAGGUGCAGGGUGAAGAGGAGGUGCAGGGUGAAGAGGAGGUGCAGGGUGAAGAGGAGGUGCAGGGUGAAGAGGAGGUGCAGGGUGAAGAGGAGGUGCAGGGUGAAGAGGAGGUGCAGGGUGAAGAGGAGGUGCAGGGUGAAGAGGAGGUGCAGGGUGAAGAGGAGGUGCAGGGUGAAGAGGAGGUGCAGGGUGAAGAGGAGGUGCAGGGUGAAGAGGAGGUGCAGGGUGAAGAGGAGGUGCAGGGUGAAGAGGAGGUGCAGGGUGAAGAGGAGGUGCAGGGUGAAGAGGAGGUGCAGGGUGAAGAGGAGGUGCAGGGUGAAGAGGAGGUGCAGGGUGAAGAGGAGGUGCAGGGUGAAGAGGAGGUGCAGGGUGAAGAGGAGGUGCAGGGUGAAGAGGAGGUGCAGGGUGAAGAGGAGGUGCAGGGUGAAGAGGAGGUGCAGGGUGAAGAGGAGGUGCAGGGUGAAGAGGAGGUGCAGGGUGAAGAGGAGGUGCAGGGUGAAGAGGAGGUGCAGGGUGAAGAGGAGGUGCAGGGUGAAGAGGAGGUGCAGGGUGAAGAGGAGGUGCAGGGUGAAGAGGAGGUGCAGGGUGAAGAGGAGGUGCAGGGUGAAGAGGAGGUGCAGGGUGAAGAGGAGGUGCAGGGUGAAGAGGAGGUGCAGGGUGAAGAGGAGGUGCAGGGUGAAGAGGAGGUGCAGGGUGAAGAGGAGGUGCAGGGUGAAGAGGAGGUGCAGGGUGAAGAGGAGGUGCAGGGUGAAGAGGAGGUGCAGGGUGAAGAGGAGGUGCAGGGUGAAGAGGAGGUGCAGGGUGAAGAGGAGGUGCAGGGUGAAGAGGAGGUGCAGGGUGAAGAGGAGGUGCAGGGUGAAGAGGAGGUGCAGGGUGAAGAGGAGGUGCAGGGUGAAGAGGAGGUGCAGGGUGAAGAGGAGGUGCAGGGUGAAGAGGAGGUGCAGGGUGAAGAGGAGGUGCAGGGUGAAGAGGAGGUGCAGGGUGAAGAGGAGGUGCAGGGUGAAGAGGAGGUGCAGGGUGAAGAGGAGGUGCAGGGUGAAGAGGAGGUGCAGGGUGAAGAGGAGGUGCAGGGUGAAGAGGAGGUGCAGGGUGAAGAGGAGGUGCAGGGUGAAGAGGAGGUGCAGGGUGAAGAGGAGGUGCAGGGUGAAGAGGAGGUGCAGGGUGAAGAGGAGGUGCAGGGUGAAGAGGAGGUGCAGGGUGAAGAGGAGGUGCAGGGUGAAGAGGAGGUGCAGGGUGAAGAGGAGGUGCAGGGUGAAGAGGAGGUGCAGGGUGAAGAGGAGGUGCAGGGUGAAGAGGAGGUGCAGGGUGAAGAGGAGGUGCAGGGUGAAGAGGAGGUGCAGGGUGAAGAGGAGGUGCAGGGUGAAGAGGAGGUGCAGGGUGAAGAGGAGGUGCAGGGUGAAGAGGAGGUGCAGGGUGAAGAGGAGGUGCAGGGUGAAGAGGAGGUGCAGGGUGAAGAGGAGGUGCAGGGUGAAGAGGAGGUGCAGGGUGAAGAGGAGGUGCAGGGUGAAGAGGAGGUGCAGGGUGAAGAGGAGGUGCAGGGUGAAGAGGAGGUGCAGGGUGAAGAGGAGGUGCAGGGUGAAGAGGAGGUGCAGGGUGAAGAGGAGGUGCAGGGUGAAGAGGAGGUGCAGGGUGAAGAGGAGGUGCAGGGUGAAGAGGAGGUGCAGGGUGAAGAGGAGGUGCAGGGUGAAGAGGAGGUGCAGGGUGAAGAGGAGGUGCAGGGUGAAGAGGAGGUGCAGGGUGAAGAGGAGGUGCAGGGUGAAGAGGAGGUGCAGGGUGAAGAGGAGGUGCAGGGUGAAGAGGAGGUGCAGGGUGAAGAGGAGGUGCAGGGUGAAGAGGAGGUGCAGGGUGAAGAGGAGGUGCAGGGUGAAGAGGAGGUGCAGGGUGAAGAGGAGGUGCAGGGUGAAGAGGAGGUGCAGGGUGAAGAGGAGGUGCAGGGUGAAGAGGAGGUGCAGGGUGAAGAGGAGGUGCAGGGUGAAGAGGAGGUGCAGGGUGAAGAGGAGGUGCAGGGUGAAGAGGAGGUGCAGGGUGAAGAGGAGGUGCAGGGUGAAGAGGAGGUGCAGGGUGAAGAGGAGGUGCAGGGUGAAGAGGAGGUGCAGGGUGAAGAGGAGGUGCAGGGUGAAGAGGAGGUGCAGGGUGAAGAGGAGGUGCAGGGUGAAGAGGAGGUGCAGGGUGAAGAGGAGGUGCAGGGUGAAGAGGAGGUGCAGGGUGAAGAGGAGGUGCAGGGUGAAGAGGAGGUGCAGGGUGAAGAGGAGGUGCAGGGUGAAGAGGAGGUGCAGGGUGAAGAGGAGGUGCAGGGUGAAGAGGAGGUGCAGGGUGAAGAGGAGGUGCAGGGUGAAGAGGAGGUGCAGGGUGAAGAGGAGGUGCAGGGUGAAGAGGAGGUGCAGGGUGAAGAGGAGGUGCAGGGUGAAGAGGAGGUGCAGGGUGAAGAGGAGGUGCAGGGUGAAGAGGAGGUGCAGGGUGAAGAGGAGGUGCAGGGUGAAGAGGAGGUGCAGGGUGAAGAGGAGGUGCAGGGUGAAGAGGAGGUGCAGGGUGAAGAGGAGGUGCAGGGUGAAGAGGAGGUGCAGGGUGAAGAGGAGGUGCAGGGUGAAGAGGAGGUGCAGGGUGAAGAGGAGGUGCAGGGUGAAGAGGAGGUGCAGGGUGAAGAGGAGGUGCAGGGUGAAGAGGAGGUGCAGGGUGAAGAGGAGGUGCAGGGUGAAGAGGAGGUGCAGGGUGAAGAGGAGGUGCAGGGUGAAGAGGAGGUGCAGGGUGAAGAGGAGGUGCAGGGUGAAGAGGAGGUGCAGGGUGAAGAGGAGGUGCAGGGUGAAGAGGAGGUGCAGGGUGAAGAGGAGGUGCAGGGUGAAGAGGAGGUGCAGGGUGAAGAGGAGGUGCAGGGUGAAGAGGAGGUGCAGGGUGAAGAGGAGGUGCAGGGUGAAGAGGAGGUGCAGGGUGAAGAGGAGGUGCAGGGUGAAGAGGAGGUGCAGGGUGAAGAGGAGGUGCAGGGUGAAGAGGAGGUGCAGGGUGAAGAGGAGGUGCAGGGUGAAGAGGAGGUGCAGGGUGAAGAGGAGGUGCAGGGUGAAGAGGAGGUGCAGGGUGAAGAGGAGGUGCAGGGUGAAGAGGAGGUGCAGGGUGAAGAGGAGGUGCAGGGUGAAGAGGAGGUGCAGGGUGAAGAGGAGGUGCAGGGUGAAGAGGAGGUGCAGGGUGAAGAGGAGGUGCAGGGUGAAGAGGAGGUGCAGGGUGAAGAGGAGGUGCAGGGUGAAGAGGAGGUGCAGGGUGAAGAGGAGGUGCAGGGUGAAGAGGAGGUGCAGGGUGAAGAGGAGGUGCAGGGUGAAGAGGAGGUGCAGGGUGAAGAGGAGGUGCAGGGUGAAGAGGAGGUGCAGGGUGAAGAGGAGGUGCAGGGUGAAGAGGAGGUGCAGGGUGAAGAGGAGGUGCAGGGUGAAGAGGAGGUGCAGGGUGAAGAGGAGGUGCAGGGUGAAGAGGAGGUGCAGGGUGAAGAGGAGGUGCAGGGUGAAGAGGAGGUGCAGGGUGAAGAGGAGGUGCAGGGUGAAGAGGAGGUGCAGGGUGAAGAGGAGGUGCAGGGUGAAGAGGAGGUGCAGGGUGAAGAGGAGGUGCAGGGUGAAGAGGAGGUGCAGGGUGAAGAGGAGGUGCAGGGUGAAGAGGAGGUGCAGGGUGAAGAGGAGGUGCAGGGUGAAGAGGAGGUGCAGGGUGAAGAGGAGGUGCAGGGUGAAGAGGAGGUGCAGGGUGAAGAGGAGGUGCAGGGUGAAGAGGAGGUGCAGGGUGAAGAGGAGGUGCAGGGUGAAGAGGAGGUGCAGGGUGAAGAGGAGGUGCAGGGUGAAGAGGAGGUGCAGGGUGAAGAGGAGGUGCAGGGUGAAGAGGAGGUGCAGGGUGAAGAGGAGGUGCAGGGUGAAGAGGAGGUGCAGGGUGAAGAGGAGGUGCAGGGUGAAGAGGAGGUGCAGGGUGAAGAGGAGGUGCAGGGUGAAGAGGAGGUGCAGGGUGAAGAGGAGGUGCAGGGUGAAGAGGAGGUGCAGGGUGAAGAGGAGGUGCAGGGUGAAGAGGAGGUGCAGGGUGAAGAGGAGGUGCAGGGUGAAGAGGAGGUGCAGGGUGAAGAGCAGGUGCAGGGUGAAGAGGAGGUGCAGGGUGAAGAGCAGGUGCAGGGUGAAGAGGAGGUGCAGGGUGAAGAGGAGGUGCAGGGUGAAGAGGAGGUGCAGGGUGAAGAGGAGGUGCAGGGUGAAGAGGAGGUGCAGGGUGAAGAGGAGGUGCAGGGUGAAGAGGAGGUGCAGGGUGAAGAGGAGGUGCAGGGUGAAGAGGAGGUGCAGGGUGAAGAGGAGGUGCAGGGUGAAGAGGAGGUGCAGGGUGAAGAGGAGGUGCAGGGUGAAGAGGAGGUGCAGGGUGAAGAGGAGGUGCAGGGUGAAGAGGAGGUGCAGGGUGAAGAGGAGGUGCAGGGUGAAGAGGAGGUGCAGGGUGAAGAGGAGGUGCAGGGUGAAGAGGAGGUGCAGGGUGAAGAGGAGGUGCAGGGUGAAGAGGAGGUGCAGGGUGAAGAGGAGGUGCAGGGUGAAGAGGAGGUGCAGGGUGAAGAGGAGGUGCAGGGUGAAGAGGAGGUGCAGGGUGAAGAGGAGGUGCAGGGUGAAGAGGAGGUGCAGGGUGAAGAGGAGGUGCAGGGUGAAGAGGAGGUGCAGGGUGAAGAGGAGGUGCAGGGUGAAGAGGAGGUGCAGGGUGAAGAGGAGGUGCAGGGUGAAGAGGAGGUGCAGGGUGAAGAGGAGGUGCAGGGUGAAGAGGAGGUGCAGGGUGAAGAGGAGGUGCAGGGUGAAGAGGAGGUGCAGGGUGAAGAGGAGGUGCAGGGUGAAGAGGAGGUGCAGGGUGAAGAGGAGGUGCAGGGUGAAGAGGAGGUGCAGGGUGAAGAGGAGGUGCAGGGUGAAGAGGAGGUGCAGGGUGAAGAGGAGGUGCAGGGUGAAGAGGAGGUGCAGGGUGAAGAGGAGGUGCAGGGUGAAGAGGAGGUGCAGGGUGAAGAGGAGGUGCAGGGUGAAGAGGAGGUGCAGGGUGAAGAGGAGGUGCAGGGUGAAGAGGAGGUGCAGGGUGAAGAGGAGGUGCAGGGUGAAGAGGAGGUGCAGGGUGAAGAGGAGGUGCAGGGUGAAGAGGAGGUGCAGGGUGAAGAGGAGGUGCAGGGUGAAGAGGAGGUGCAGGGUGAAGAGGAGGUGCAGGGUGAAGAGGAGGUGCAGGGUGAAGAGGAGGUGCAGGGUGAAGAGGAGGUGCAGGGUGAAGAGGAGGUGCAGGGUGAAGAGGAGGUGCAGGGUGAAGAGGAGGUGCAGGGUGAAGAGGAGGUGCAGGGUGAAGAGGAGGUGCAGGGUGAAGAGGAGGUGCAGGGUGAAGAGGAGGUGCAGGGUGAAGAGGAGGUGCAGGGUGAAGAGGAGGUGCAGGGUGAAGAGGAGGUGCAGGGUGAAGAGGAGGUGCAGGGUGAAGAGGAGGUGCAGGGUGAAGAGGAGGUGCAGGGUGAAGAGGAGGUGCAGGGUGAAGAGGAGGUGCAGGGUGAAGAGGAGGUGCAGGGUGAAGAGGAGGUGCAGGGUGAAGAGGAGGUGCAGGGUGAAGAGGAGGUGCAGGGUGAAGAGGAGGUGCAGGGUGAAGAGGAGGUGCAGGGUGAAGAGGAGGUGCAGGGUGAAGAGGAGGUGCAGGGUGAAGAGGAGGUGCAGGGUGAAGAGGAGGUGCAGGGUGAAGAGGAGGUGCAGGGUGAAGAGGAGGUGCAGGGUGAAGAGGAGGUGCAGGGUGAAGAGGAGGUGCAGGGUGAAGAGGAGGUGCAGGGUGAAGAGGAGGUGCAGGGUGAAGAGGAGGUGCAGGGUGAAGAGGAGGUGCAGGGUGAAGAGGAGGUGCAGGGUGAAGAGGAGGUGCAGGGUGAAGAGGAGGUGCAGGGUGAAGAGGAGGUGCAGGGUGAAGAGGAGGUGCAGGGUGAAGAGGAGGUGCAGGGUGAAGAGGAGGUGCAGGGUGAAGAGGAGGUGCAGGGUGAAGAGGAGGUGCAGGGUGAAGAGGAGGUGCAGGGUGAAGAGGAGGUGCAGGGUGAAGAGGAGGUGCAGGGUGAAGAGGAGGUGCAGGGUGAAGAGGAGGUGCAGGGUGAAGAGGAGGUGCAGGGUGAAGAGGAGGUGCAGGGUGAAGAGGAGGUGCAGGGUGAAGAGGAGGUGCAGGGUGAAGAGGAGGUGCAGGGUGAAGAGGAGGUGCAGGGUGAAGAGGAGGUGCAGGGUGAAGAGGAGGUGCAGGGUGAAGAGGAGGUGCAGGGUGAAGAGGAGGUGCAGGGUGAAGAGGAGGUGCAGGGUGAAGAGGAGGUGCAGGGUGAAGAGGAGGUGCAGGGUGAAGAGGAGGUGCAGGGUGAAGAGGAGGUGCAGGGUGAAGAGGAGGUGCAGGGUGAAGAGGAGGUGCAGGGUGAAGAGGAGGUGCAGGGUGAAGAGGAGGUGCAGGGUGAAGAGGAGGUGCAGGGUGAAGAGGAGGUGCAGGGUGAAGAGGAGGUGCAGGGUGAAGAGGAGGUGCAGGGUGAAGAGGAGGUGCAGGGUGAAGAGGAGGUGCAGGGUGAAGAGGAGGUGCAGGGUGAAGAGGAGGUGCAGGGUGAAGAGGAGGUGCAGGGUGAAGAGGAGGUGCAGGGUGAAGAGGAGGUGCAGGGUGAAGAGGAGGUGCAGGGUGAAGAGGAGGUGCAGGGUGAAGAGGAGGUGCAGGGUGAAGAGGAGGUGCAGGGUGAAGAGGAGGUGCAGGGUGAAGAGGAGGUGCAGGGUGAAGAGGAGGUGCAGGGUGAAGAGGAGGUGCAGGGUGAAGAGGAGGUGCAGGGUGAAGAGGAGGUGCAGGGUGAAGAGGAGGUGCAGGGUGAAGAGGAGGUGCAGGGUGAAGAGGAGGUGCAGGGUGAAGAGGAGGUGCAGGGUGAAGAGGAGGUGCAGGGUGAAGAGGAGGUGCAGGGUGAAGAGGAGGUGCAGGGUGAAGAGGAGGUGCAGGGUGAAGAGGAGGUGCAGGGUGAAGAGGAGGUGCAGGGUGAAGAGGAGGUGCAGGGUGAAGAGGAGGUGCAGGGUGAAGAGGAGGUGCAGGGUGAAGAGGAGGUGCAGGGUGAAGAGGAGGUGCAGGGUGAAGAGGAGGUGCAGGGUGAAGAGGAGGUGCAGGGUGAAGAGGAGGUGCAGGGUGAAGAGGAGGUGCAGGGUGAAGAGGAGGUGCAGGGUGAAGAGGAGGUGCAGGGUGAAGAGGAGGUGCAGGGUGAAGAGGAGGUGCAGGGUGAAGAGGAGGUGCAGGGUGAAGAGGAGGUGCAGGGUGAAGAGGAGGUGCAGGGUGAAGAGGAGGUGCAGGGUGAAGAGGAGGUGCAGGGUGAAGAGGAGGUGCAGGGUGAAGAGGAGGUGCAGGGUGAAGAGGAGGUGCAGGGUGAAGAGGAGGUGCAGGGUGAAGAGGAGGUGCAGGGUGAAGAGGAGGUGCAGGGUGAAGAGGAGGUGCAGGGUGAAGAGGAGGUGCAGGGUGAAGAGGAGGUGCAGGGUGAAGAGGAGGUGCAGGGUGAAGAGGAGGUGCAGGGUGAAGAGGAGGUGCAGGGUGAAGAGGAGGUGCAGGGUGAAGAGGAGGUGCAGGGUGAAGAGGAGGUGCAGGGUGAAGAGGAGGUGCAGGGUGAAGAGGAGGUGCAGGGUGAAGAGGAGGUGCAGGGUGAAGAGGAGGUGCAGGGUGAAGAGGAGGUGCAGGGUGAAGAGGAGGUGCAGGGUGAAGAGGAGGUGCAGGGUGAAGAGGAGGUGCAGGGUGAAGAGGAGGUGCAGGGUGAAGAGGAGGUGCAGGGUGAAGAGGAGGUGCAGGGUGAAGAGGAGGUGCAGGGUGAAGAGGAGGUGCAGGGUGAAGAGGAGGUGCAGGGUGAAGAGGAGGUGCAGGGUGAAGAGCAGGUGCAGGGUGAAGAGGAGGUGCAGGGUGAAGAGGAGGUGCAGGGUGAAGAGGAGGUGCAGGGUGAAGAGCAGGUGCAGGGUGAAGAGGAGGUGCAGGGUGAAGAGGAGGUGCAGGGUGAAGAGGAGGUGCAGGGUGAAGAGGAGGUGCAGGGUGAAGAGGAGGUGCAGGGUGAAGAGGAGGUGCAGGGUGAAGAGGAGGUGCAGGGUGAAGAGGAGGUGCAGGGUGAAGAGGAGGUGCAGGGUGAAGAGGAGGUGCAGGGUGAAGAGGAGGUGCAGGGUGAAGAGGAGGUGCAGGGUGAAGAGGAGGUGCAGGGUGAAGAGGAGGUGCAGGGUGAAGAGGAGGUGCAGGGUGAAGAGGAGGUGCAGGGUGAAGAGGAGGUGCAGGGUGAAGAGGAGGUGCAGGGUGAAGAGGAGGUGCAGGGUGAAGAGGAGGUGCAGGGUGAAGAGGAGGUGCAGGGUGAAGAGGAGGUGCAGGGUGAAGAGGAGGUGCAGGGUGAAGAGGAGGUGCAGGGUGAAGAGGAGGUGCAGGGUGAAGAGGAGGUGCAGGGUGAAGAGGAGGUGCAGGGUGAAGAGGAGGUGCAGGGUGAAGAGGAGGUGCAGGGUGAAGAGGAGGUGCAGGGUGAAGAGGAGGUGCAGGGUGAAGAGGAGGUGCAGGGUGAAGAGGAGGUGCAGGGUGAAGAGGAGGUGCAGGGUGAAGAGGAGGUGCAGGGUGAAGAGGAGGUGCAGGGUGAAGAGGAGGUGCAGGGUGAAGAGGAGGUGCAGGGUGAAGAGGAGGUGCAGGGUGAAGAGGAGGUGCAGGGUGAAGAGGAGGUGCAGGGUGAAGAGGAGGUGCAGGGUGAAGAGGAGGUGCAGGGUGAAGAGGAGGUGCAGGGUGAAGAGGAGGUGCAGGGUGAAGAGGAGGUGCAGGGUGAAGAGGAGGUGCAGGGUGAAGAGGAGGUGCAGGGUGAAGAGGAGGUGCAGGGUGAAGAGGAGGUGCAGGGUGAAGAGGAGGUGCAGGGUGAAGAGGAGGUGCAGGGUGAAGAGGAGGUGCAGGGUGAAGAGGAGGUGCAGGGUGAAGAGGAGGUGCAGGGUGAAGAGGAGGUGCAGGGUGAAGAGGAGGUGCAGGGUGAAGAGGAGGUGCAGGGUGAAGAGGAGGUGCAGGGUGAAGAGGAGGUGCAGGGUGAAGAGGAGGUGCAGGGUGAAGAGGAGGUGCAGGGUGAAGAGGAGGUGCAGGGUGAAGAGGAGGUGCAGGGUGAAGAGGAGGUGCAGGGUGAAGAGGAGGUGCAGGGUGAAGAGGAGGUGCAGGGUGAAGAGGAGGUGCAGGGUGAAGAGGAGGUGCAGGGUGAAGAGGAGGUGCAGGGUGAAGAGGAGGUGCAGGGUGAAGAGGAGGUGCAGGGUGAAGAGGAGGUGCAGGGUGAAGAGGAGGUGCAGGGUGAAGAGGAGGUGCAGGGUGAAGAGGAGGUGCAGGGUGAAGAGGAGGUGCAGGGUGAAGAGGAGGUGCAGGGUGAAGAGGAGGUGCAGGGUGAAGAGGAGGUGCAGGGUGAAGAGGAGGUGCAGGGUGAAGAGGAGGUGCAGGGUGAAGAGGAGGUGCAGGGUGAAGAGGAGGUGCAGGGUGAAGAGGAGGUGCAGGGUGAAGAGGAGGUGCAGGGUGAAGAGGAGGUGCAGGGUGAAGAGGAGGUGCAGGGUGAAGAGGAGGUGCAGGGUGAAGAGGAGGUGCAGGGUGAAGAGGAGGUGCAGGGUGAAGAGGAGGUGCAGGGUGAAGAGGAGGUGCAGGGUGAAGAGGAGGUGCAGGGUGAAGAGGAGGUGCAGGGUGAAGAGGAGGUGCAGGGUGAAGAGGAGGUGCAGGGUGAAGAGGAGGUGCAGGGUGAAGAGGAGGUGCAGGGUGAAGAGGAGGUGCAGGGUGAAGAGGAGGUGCAGGGUGAAGAGGAGGUGCAGGGUGAAGAGGAGGUGCAGGGUGAAGAGGAGGUGCAGGGUGAAGAGGAGGUGCAGGGUGAAGAGGAGGUGCAGGGUGAAGAGGAGGUGCAGGGUGAAGAGGAGGUGCAGGGUGAAGAGGAGGUGCAGGGUGAAGAGGAGGUGCAGGGUGAAGAGGAGGUGCAGGGUGAAGAGGAGGUGCAGGGUGAAGAGGAGGUGCAGGGUGAAGAGGAGGUGCAGGGUGAAGAGGAGGUGCAGGGUGAAGAGGAGGUGCAGGGUGAAGAGGAGGUGCAGGGUGAAGAGGAGGUGCAGGGUGAAGAGGAGGUGCAGGGUGAAGAGGAGGUGCAGGGUGAAGAGGAGGUGCAGGGUGAAGAGGAGGUGCAGGGUGAAGAGGAGGUGCAGGGUGAAGAGGAGGUGCAGGGUGAAGAGGAGGUGCAGGGUGAAGAGGAGGUGCAGGGUGAAGAGGAGGUGCAGGGUGAAGAGGAGGUGCAGGGUGAAGAGGAGGUGCAGGGUGAAGAGGAGGUGCAGGGUGAAGAGGAGGUGCAGGGUGAAGAGGAGGUGCAGGGUGAAGAGGAGGUGCAGGGUGAAGAGGAGGUGCAGGGUGAAGAGGAGGUGCAGGGUGAAGAGGAGGUGCAGGGUGAAGAGGAGGUGCAGGGUGAAGAGGAGGUGCAGGGUGAAGAGGAGGUGCAGGGUGAAGAGGAGGUGCAGGGUGAAGAGGAGGUGCAGGGUGAAGAGGAGGUGCAGGGUGAAGAGGAGGUGCAGGGUGAAGAGGAGGUGCAGGGUGAAGAGGAGGUGCAGGGUGAAGAGGAGGUGCAGGGUGAAGAGGAGGUGCAGGGUGAAGAGGAGGUGCAGGGUGAAGAGGAGGUGCAGGGUGAAGAGGAGGUGCAGGGUGAAGAGGAGGUGCAGGGUGAAGAGGAGGUGCAGGGUGAAGAGGAGGUGCAGGGUGAAGAGGAGGUGCAGGGUGAAGAGGAGGUGCAGGGUGAAGAGGAGGUGCAGGGUGAAGAGGAGGUGCAGGGUGAAGAGGAGGUGCAGGGUGAAGAGGAGGUGCAGGGUGAAGAGGAGGUGCAGGGUGAAGAGGAGGUGCAGGGUGAAGAGGAGGUGCAGGGUGAAGAGGAGGUGCAGGGUGAAGAGGAGGUGCAGGGUGAAGAGGAGGUGCAGGGUGAAGAGGAGGUGCAGGGUGAAGAGGAGGUGCAGGGUGAAGAGGAGGUGCAGGGUGAAGAGGAGGUGCAGGGUGAAGAGGAGGUGCAGGGUGAAGAGGAGGUGCAGGGUGAAGAGGAGGUGCAGGGUGAAGAGGAGGUGCAGGGUGAAGAGGAGGUGCAGGGUGAAGAGGAGGUGCAGGGUGAAGAGGAGGUGCAGGGUGAAGAGGAGGUGCAGGGUGAAGAGGAGGUGCAGGGUGAAGAGGAGGUGCAGGGUGAAGAGGAGGUGCAGGGUGAAGAGGAGGUGCAGGGUGAAGAGGAGGUGCAGGGUGAAGAGGAGGUGCAGGGUGAAGAGGAGGUGCAGGGUGAAGAGGAGGUGCAGGGUGAAGAGGAGGUGCAGGGUGAAGAGGAGGUGCAGGGUGAAGAGGAGGUGCAGGGUGAAGAGGAGGUGCAGGGUGAAGAGGAGGUGCAGGGUGAAGAGGAGGUGCAGGGUGAAGAGGAGGUGCAGGGUGAAGAGGAGGUGCAGGGUGAAGAGGAGGUGCAGGGUGAAGAGGAGGUGCAGGGUGAAGAGGAGGUGCAGGGUGAAGAGGAGGUGCAGGGUGAAGAGGAGGUGCAGGGUGAAGAGGAGGUGCAGGGUGAAGAGGAGGUGCAGGGUGAAGAGGAGGUGCAGGGUGAAGAGGAGGUGCAGGGUGAAGAGGAGGUGCAGGGUGAAGAGGAGGUGCAGGGUGAAGAGGAGGUGCAGGGUGAAGAGGAGGUGCAGGGUGAAGAGGAGGUGCAGGGUGAAGAGGAGGUGCAGGGUGAAGAGGAGGUGCAGGGUGAAGAGGAGGUGCAGGGUGAAGAGGAGGUGCAGGGUGAAGAGGAGGUGCAGGGUGAAGAGGAGGUGCAGGGUGAAGAGGAGGUGCAGGGUGAAGAGGAGGUGCAGGGUGAAGAGGAGGUGCAGGGUGAAGAGGAGGUGCAGGGUGAAGAGGAGGUGCAGGGUGAAGAGGAGGUGCAGGGUGAAGAGGAGGUGCAGGGUGAAGAGGAGGUGCAGGGUGAAGAGGAGGUGCAGGGUGAAGAGGAGGUGCAGGGUGAAGAGGAGGUGCAGGGUGAAGAGGAGGUGCAGGGUGAAGAGGAGGUGCAGGGUGAAGAGGAGGUGCAGGGUGAAGAGGAGGUGCAGGGUGAAGAGGAGGUGCAGGGUGAAGAGGAGGUGCAGGGUGAAGAGGAGGUGCAGGGUGAAGAGGAGGUGCAGGGUGAAGAGGAGGUGCAGGGUGAAGAGGAGGUGCAGGGUGAAGAGGAGGUGCAGGGUGAAGAGGAGGUGCAGGGUGAAGAGGAGGUGCAGGGUGAAGAGGAGGUGCAGGGUGAAGAGGAGGUGCAGGGUGAAGAGGAGGUGCAGGGUGAAGAGGAGGUGCAGGGUGAAGAGGAGGUGCAGGGUGAAGAGGAGGUGCAGGGUGAAGAGGAGGUGCAGGGUGAAGAGGAGGUGCAGGGUGAAGAGGAGGUGCAGGGUGAAGAGGAGGUGCAGGGUGAAGAGGAGGUGCAGGGUGAAGAGGAGGUGCAGGGUGAAGAGGAGGUGCAGGGUGAAGAGGAGGUGCAGGGUGAAGAGGAGGUGCAGGGUGAAGAGGAGGUGCAGGGUGAAGAGGAGGUGCAGGGUGAAGAGGAGGUGCAGGGUGAAGAGGAGGUGCAGGGUGAAGAGGAGGUGCAGGGUGAAGAGGAGGUGCAGGGUGAAGAGGAGGUGCAGGGUGAAGAGGAGGUGCAGGGUGAAGAGGAGGUGCAGGGUGAAGAGGAGGUGCAGGGUGAAGAGGAGGUGCAGGGUGAAGAGGAGGUGCAGGGUGAAGAGGAGGUGCAGGGUGAAGAGGAGGUGCAGGGUGAAGAGGAGGUGCAGGGUGAAGAGGAGGUGCAGGGUGAAGAGGAGGUGCAGGGUGAAGAGGAGGUGCAGGGUGAAGAGGAGGUGCAGGGUGAAGAGGAGGUGCAGGGUGAAGAGGAGGUGCAGGGUGAAGAGGAGGUGCAGGGUGAAGAGGAGGUGCAGGGUGAAGAGGAGGUGCAGGGUGAAGAGGAGGUGCAGGGUGAAGAGGAGGUGCAGGGUGAAGAGGAGGUGCAGGGUGAAGAGGAGGUGCAGGGUGAAGAGGAGGUGCAGGGUGAAGAGGAGGUGCAGGGUGAAGAGGAGGUGCAGGGUGAAGAGGAGGUGCAGGGUGAAGAGGAGGUGCAGGGUGAAGAGGAGGUGCAGGGUGAAGAGGAGGUGCAGGGUGAAGAGGAGGUGCAGGGUGAAGAGGAGGUGCAGGGUGAAGAGGAGGUGCAGGGUGAAGAGGAGGUGCAGGGUGAAGAGGAGGUGCAGGGUGAAGAGGAGGUGCAGGGUGAAGAGGAGGUGCAGGGUGAAGAGGAGGUGCAGGGUGAAGAGGAGGUGCAGGGUGAAGAGGAGGUGCAGGGUGAAGAGGAGGUGCAGGGUGAAGAGGAGGUGCAGGGUGAAGAGGAGGUGCAGGGUGAAGAGGAGGUGCAGGGUGAAGAGGAGGUGCAGGGUGAAGAGGAGGUGCAGGGUGAAGAGGAGGUGCAGGGUGAAGAGGAGGUGCAGGGUGAAGAGGAGGUGCAGGGUGAAGAGGAGGUGCAGGGUGAAGAGGAGGUGCAGGGUGAAGAGGAGGUGCAGGGUGAAGAGGAGGUGCAGGGUGAAGAGGAGGUGCAGGGUGAAGAGGAGGUGCAGGGUGAAGAGGAGGUGCAGGGUGAAGAGGAGGUGCAGGGUGAAGAGGAGGUGCAGGGUGAAGAGGAGGUGCAGGGUGAAGAGGAGGUGCAGGGUGAAGAGGAGGUGCAGGGUGAAGAGGAGGUGCAGGGUGAAGAGGAGGUGCAGGGUGAAGAGGAGGUGCAGGGUGAAGAGGAGGUGCAGGGUGAAGAGGAGGUGCAGGGUGAAGAGGAGGUGCAGGGUGAAGAGGAGGUGCAGGGUGAAGAGGAGGUGCAGGGUGAAGAGGAGGUGCAGGGUGAAGAGGAGGUGCAGGGUGAAGAGGAGGUGCAGGGUGAAGAGGAGGUGCAGGGUGAAGAGGAGGUGCAGGGUGAAGAGGAGGUGCAGGGUGAAGAGGAGGUGCAGGGUGAAGAGGAGGUGCAGGGUGAAGAGGAGGUGCAGGGUGAAGAGGAGGUGCAGGGUGAAGAGGAGGUGCAGGGUGAAGAGGAGGUGCAGGGUGAAGAGGAGGUGCAGGGUGAAGAGGAGGUGCAGGGUGAAGAGGAGGUGCAGGGUGAAGAGGAGGUGCAGGGUGAAGAGGAGGUGCAGGGUGAAGAGGAGGUGCAGGGUGAAGAGGAGGUGCAGGGUGAAGAGGAGGUGCAGGGUGAAGAGGAGGUGCAGGGUGAAGAGGAGGUGCAGGGUGAAGAGGAGGUGCAGGGUGAAGAGGAGGUGCAGGGUGAAGAGGAGGUGCAGGGUGAAGAGGAGGUGCAGGGUGAAGAGGAGGUGCAGGGUGAAGAGGAGGUGCAGGGUGAAGAGGAGGUGCAGGGUGAAGAGGAGGUGCAGGGUGAAGAGGAGGUGCAGGGUGAAGAGGAGGUGCAGGGUGAAGAGGAGGUGCAGGGUGAAGAGGAGGUGCAGGGUGAAGAGGAGGUGCAGGGUGAAGAGGAGGUGCAGGGUGAAGAGGAGGUGCAGGGUGAAGAGGAGGUGCAGGGUGAAGAGGAGGUGCAGGGUGAAGAGGAGGUGCAGGGUGAAGAGGAGGUGCAGGGUGAAGAGGAGGUGCAGGGUGAAGAGGAGGUGCAGGGUGAAGAGGAGGUGCAGGGUGAAGAGGAGGUGCAGGGUGAAGAGGAGGUGCAGGGUGAAGAGGAGGUGCAGGGUGAAGAGGAGGUGCAGGGUGAAGAGGAGGUGCAGGGUGAAGAGGAGGUGCAGGGUGAAGAGGAGGUGCAGGGUGAAGAGGAGGUGCAGGGUGAAGAGGAGGUGCAGGGUGAAGAGGAGGUGCAGGGUGAAGAGGAGGUGCAGGGUGAAGAGGAGGUGCAGGGUGAAGAGGAGGUGCAGGGUGAAGAGGAGGUGCAGGGUGAAGAGGAGGUGCAGGGUGAAGAGGAGGUGCAGGGUGAAGAGGAGGUGCAGGGUGAAGAGGAGGUGCAGGGUGAAGAGGAGGUGCAGGGUGAAGAGGAGGUGCAGGGUGAAGAGGAGGUGCAGGGUGAAGAGGAGGUGCAGGGUGAAGAGGAGGUGCAGGGUGAAGAGGAGGUGCAGGGUGAAGAGGAGGUGCAGGGUGAAGAGGAGGUGCAGGGUGAAGAGGAGGUGCAGGGUGAAGAGGAGGUGCAGGGUGAAGAGGAGGUGCAGGGUGAAGAGGAGGUGCAGGGUGAAGAGGAGGUGCAGGGUGAAGAGGAGGUGCAGGGUGAAGAGGAGGUGCAGGGUGAAGAGGAGGUGCAGGGUGAAGAGGAGGUGCAGGGUGAAGAGGAGGUGCAGGGUGAAGAGGAGGUGCAGGGUGAAGAGGAGGUGCAGGGUGAAGAGGAGGUGCAGGGUGAAGAGGAGGUGCAGGGUGAAGAGGAGGUGCAGGGUGAAGAGGAGGUGCAGGGUGAAGAGGAGGUGCAGGGUGAAGAGGAGGUGCAGGGUGAAGAGGAGGUGCAGGGUGAAGAGGAGGUGCAGGGUGAAGAGGAGGUGCAGGGUGAAGAGGAGGUGCAGGGUGAAGAGGAGGUGCAGGGUGAAGAGGAGGUGCAGGGUGAAGAGGAGGUGCAGGGUGAAGAGGAGGUGCAGGGUGAAGAGGAGGUGCAGGGUGAAGAGGAGGUGCAGGGUGAAGAGGAGGUGCAGGGUGAAGAGGAGGUGCAGGGUGAAGAGGAGGUGCAGGGUGAAGAGGAGGUGCAGGGUGAAGAGGAGGUGCAGGGUGAAGAGGAGGUGCAGGGUGAAGAGGAGGUGCAGGGUGAAGAGGAGGUGCAGGGUGAAGAGGAGGUGCAGGGUGAAGAGGAGGUGCAGGGUGAAGAGGAGGUGCAGGGUGAAGAGGAGGUGCAGGGUGAAGAGGAGGUGCAGGGUGAAGAGGAGGUGCAGGGUGAAGAGGAGGUGCAGGGUGAAGAGGAGGUGCAGGGUGAAGAGGAGGUGCAGGGUGAAGAGGAGGUGCAGGGUGAAGAGGAGGUGCAGGGUGAAGAGGAGGUGCAGGGUGAAGAGGAGGUGCAGGGUGAAGAGGAGGUGCAGGGUGAAGAGGAGGUGCAGGGUGAAGAGGAGGUGCAGGGUGAAGAGGAGGUGCAGGGUGAAGAGGAGGUGCAGGGUGAAGAGGAGGUGCAGGGUGAAGAGGAGGUGCAGGGUGAAGAGGAGGUGCAGGGUGAAGAGGAGGUGCAGGGUGAAGAGGAGGUGCAGGGUGAAGAGGAGGUGCAGGGUGAAGAGGAGGUGCAGGGUGAAGAGGAGGUGCAGGGUGAAGAGGAGGUGCAGGGUGAAGAGGAGGUGCAGGGUGAAGAGGAGGUGCAGGGUGAAGAGGAGGUGCAGGGUGAAGAGGAGGUGCAGGGUGAAGAGGAGGUGCAGGGUGAAGAGGAGGUGCAGGGUGAAGAGGAGGUGCAGGGUGAAGAGGAGGUGCAGGGUGAAGAGGAGGUGCAGGGUGAAGAGGAGGUGCAGGGUGAAGAGGAGGUGCAGGGUGAAGAGGAGGUGCAGGGUGAAGAGGAGGUGCAGGGUGAAGAGGAGGUGCAGGGUGAAGAGGAGGUGCAGGGUGAAGAGGAGGUGCAGGGUGAAGAGGAGGUGCAGGGUGAAGAGGAGGUGCAGGGUGAAGAGGAGGUGCAGGGUGAAGAGGAGGUGCAGGGUGAAGAGGAGGUGCAGGGUGAAGAGGAGGUGCAGGGUGAAGAGGAGGUGCAGGGUGAAGAGGAGGUGCAGGGUGAAGAGGAGGUGCAGGGUGAAGAGGAGGUGCAGGGUGAAGAGGAGGUGCAGGGUGAAGAGGAGGUGCAGGGUGAAGAGGAGGUGCAGGGUGAAGAGGAGGUGCAGGGUGAAGAGGAGGUGCAGGGUGAAGAGGAGGUGCAGGGUGAAGAGGAGGUGCAGGGUGAAGAGGAGGUGCAGGGUGAAGAGGAGGUGCAGGGUGAAGAGGAGGUGCAGGGUGAAGAGGAGGUGCAGGGUGAAGAGGAGGUGCAGGGUGAAGAGGAGGUGCAGGGUGAAGAGGAGGUGCAGGGUGAAGAGGAGGUGCAGGGUGAAGAGGAGGUGCAGGGUGAAGAGGAGGUGCAGGGUGAAGAGGAGGUGCAGGGUGAAGAGGAGGUGCAGGGUGAAGAGGAGGUGCAGGGUGAAGAGGAGGUGCAGGGUGAAGAGGAGGUGCAGGGUGAAGAGGAGGUGCAGGGUGAAGAGGAGGUGCAGGGUGAAGAGGAGGUGCAGGGUGAAGAGGAGGUGCAGGGUGAAGAGGAGGUGCAGGGUGAAGAGGAGGUGCAGGGUGAAGAGGAGGUGCAGGGUGAAGAGCAGGUGCAGGGUGAAGAGGAGGUGCAGGGUGAAGAGGAGGUGCAGGGUGAAGAGGAGGUGCAGGGUGAAGAGGAGGUGCAGGGUGAAGAGGAGGUGCAGGGUGAAGAGGAGGUGCAGGGUGAAGAGGAGGUGCAGGGUGAAGAGGAGGUGCAGGGUGAAGAGGAGGUGCAGGGUGAAGAGGAGGUGCAGGGUGAAGAGGAGGUGCAGGGUGAAGAGGAGGUGCAGGGUGAAGAGGAGGUGCAGGGUGAAGAGGAGGUGCAGGGUGAAGAGGAGGUGCAGGGUGAAGAGGAGGUGCAGGGUGAAGAGGAGGUGCAGGGUGAAGAGGAGGUGCAGGGUGAAGAGGAGGUGCAGGGUGAAGAGGAGGUGCAGGGUGAAGAGGAGGUGCAGGGUGAAGAGGAGGUGCAGGGUGAAGAGGAGGUGCAGGGUGAAGAGGAGGUGCAGGGUGAAGAGGAGGUGCAGGGUGAAGAGGAGGUGCAGGGUGAAGAGGAGGUGCAGGGUGAAGAGGAGGUGCAGGGUGAAGAGGAGGUGCAGGGUGAAGAGGAGGUGCAGGGUGAAGAGGAGGUGCAGGGUGAAGAGCAGGUGCAGGGUGAAGAGGAGGUGCAGGGUGAAGAGCAGGUGCAGGGUGAAGAGGAGGUGCAGGGUGAAGAGGAGGUGCAGGGUGAAGAGGAGGUGCAGGGUGAAGAGGAGGUGCAGGGUGAAGAGCAGGUGCAGGGUGAAGAGGAGGUGCAGGGUGAAGAGGAGGUGCAGGGUGAAGAGGAGGUGCAGGGUGAAGAGGAGGUGCAGGGUGAAGAGGAGGUGCAGGGUGAAGAGGAGGUGCAGGGUGAAGAGGAGGUGCAGGGUGAAGAGGAGGUGCAGGGUGAAGAGGAGGUGCAGGGUGAAGAGGAGGUGCAGGGUGAAGAGGAGGUGCAGGGUGAAGAGGAGGUGCAGGGUGAAGAGGAGGUGCAGGGUGAAGAGGAGGUGCAGGGUGAAGAGGAGGUGCAGGGUGAAGAGCAGGUGCAGGGUGAAGAGGAGGUGCAGGGUGAAGAGGAGGUGCAGGGUGAAGAGGAGGUGCAGGGUGAAGAGGAGGUGCAGGGUGAAGAGGAGGUGCAGGGUGAAGAGGAGGUGCAGGGUGAAGAGCAGGUGCAGGGUGAAGAGGAGGUGCAGGGUGAAGAGCAGGUGCAGGGUGAAGAGCAGGUGCAGGGUGAAGAGGAGGUGCAGGGUGAAGAGGAGGUGCAGGGUGAAGAGGAGGUGCAGGGUGAAGAGGAGGUGCAGGGUGAAGAGGAGGUGCAGGGUGAAGAGGAGGUGCAGGGUGAAGAGCAGGUGCAGGGUGAAGAGCAGGUGCAGGGUGAAGAGCAGGUGCAGGGUGAAGAGCAGGUGCAGGGUGAAGAGGAGGUGCAGGGUGAAGAGGAGGUGCAGGGUGAAGAGGAGGUGCAGGGUGAAGAGCAGGUGCAGGGUGAAGAGGAGGUGCAGGGUGAAGAGGAGGUGCAGGGUGAAGAGGAGGUGCAGGGUGAAGAGCAGGUGCAGGGUGAAGAGGAGGUGCAGGGUGAAGAGCAGGUGCAGGGUGAAGAGGAGGUGCAGGGUGAAGAGGAGGUGCAGGGUGAAGAGGAGGUGCAGGGUGAAGAGGAGGUGCAGGGUGAAGAGGAGGUGCAGGGUGAAGAGCAGGUGCAGGGUGAAGAGGAGGUGCAGGGUGAAGAGGAGGUGCAGGGUGAAGAGGAGGUGCAGGGUGAAGAGGAGGUGCAGGGUGAAGAGGAGGUGCAGGGUGAAGAGGAGGUGCAGGGUGAAGAGCAGGUGCAGGGUGAAGAGGAGGUGCAGGGUGAAGAGCAGGUGCAGGGUGAAGAGGAGGUGCAGGGUGAAGAGCAGGUGCAGGGUGAAGAGGAGGUGCAGGGUGAAGAGGAGGUGCAGGGUGAAGAGGAGGUGCAGGGUGAAGAGCAGGUGCAGGGUGAAGAGGAGGUGCAGGGUGAAGAGGAGGUGCAGGGUGAAGAGGAGGUGCAGGGUGAAGAGGAGGUGCAGGGUGAAGAGGAGGUGCAGGGUGAAGAGGAGGUGCAGGGUGAAGAGCAGGUGCAGGGUGAAGAGGAGGUGCAGGGUGAAGAGGAGGUGCAGGGUGAAGAGGAGGUGCAGGGUGAAGAGGAGGUGCAGGGUGAAGAGCAGGUGCAGGGUGAAGAGCAGGUGCAGGGUGAAGAGGAGGUGCAGGGUGAAGAGGAGGUGCAGGGUGAAGAGGAGGUGCAGGGUGAAGAGCAGGUGCAGGGUGAAGAGGAGGUGCAGGGUGAAGAGGAGGUGCAGGGUGAAGAGGAGGUGCAGGGUGAAGAGGAGGUGCAGGGUGAAGAGGAGGUGCAGGGUGAAGAGCAGGUGCAGGGUGAAGAGGAGGUGCAGGGUGAAGAGGAGGUGCAGGGUGAAGAGGAGGUGCAGGGUGAAGAGGAGGUGCAGGGUGAAGAGCAGGUGCAGGGUGAAGAGGAGGUGCAGGGUGAAGAGGAGGUGCAGGGUGAAGAGGAGGUGCAGGGUGAAGAGGAGGUGCAGGGUGAAGAGGAGGUGCAGGGUGAAGAGGAGGUGCAGGGUGAAGAGGAGGUGCAGGGUGAAGAGGAGGUGCAGGGUGAAGAGGAGGUGCAGGGUGAAGAGGAGGUGCAGGGUGAAGAGGAGGUGCAGGGUGAAGAGGAGGUGCAGGGUGAAGAGGAGGUGCAGGGUGAAGAGGAGGUGCAGGGUGAAGAGCAGGUGCAGGGUGAAGAGGAGGUGCAGGGUGAAGAGGAGGUGCAGGGUGAAGAGGAGGUGCAGGGUGAAGAGGAGGUGCAGGGUGAAGAGGAGGUGCAGGGUGAAGAGGAGGUGCAGGGUGAAGAGGAGGUGCAGGGUGAAGAGCAGGUGCAGGGUGAAGAGGAGGUGCAGGGUGAAGAGCAGGUGCAGGGUGAAGAGGAGGUGCAGGGUGAAGAGGAGGUGCAGGGUGAAGAGCAGGUGCAGGGUGAAGAGGAGGUGCAGGGUGAAGAGCAGGUGCAGGGUGAAGAGGAGGUGCAGGGUGAAGAGGAGGUGCAGGGUGAAGAGGAGGUGCAGGGUGAAGAGCAGGUGCAGGGUGAAGAGGAGGUGCAGGGUGAAGAGGAGGUGCAGGGUGAAGAGCAGGUGCAGGGUGAAGAGGAGGUGCAGGGUGAAGAGCAGGUGCAGGGUGAAGAGGAGGUGCAGGGUGAAGAGGAGGUGCAGGGUGAAGAGCAGGUGCAGGGUGAAGAGGAGGUGCAGGGUGAAGAGGAGGUGCAGGGUGAAGAGCAGGUGCAGGGUGAAGAGGAGGUGCAGGGUGAAGAGGAGGUGCAGGGUGAAGAGGAGGUGCAGGGUGAAGAGCAGGUGCAGGGUGAAGAGGAGGUGCAGGGUGAAGAGCAGGUGCAGGGUGAAGAGGAGGUGCAGGGUGAAGAGGAGGUGCAGGGUGAAGAGGAGGUGCAGGGUGAAGAGGAGGUGCAGGGUGAAGAGGAGGUGCAGGGUGAAGAGGAGGUGCAGGGUGAAGAGGAGGUGCAGGGUGAAGAGGAGGUGCAGGGUGAAGAGGAGGUGCAGGGUGAAGAGCAGGUGCAGGGUGAAGAGGAGGUGCAGGGUGAAGAGCAGGUGCAGGGUGAAGAGCAGGUGCAGGGUGAAGAGGAGGUGCAGGGUGAAGAGCAGGUGCAGGGUGAAGAGGAGGUGCAGGGUGAAGAGGAGGUGCAGGGUGAAGAGGAGGUGCAGGGUGAAGAGGAGGUGCAGGGUGAAGAGGAGGUGCAGGGUGAAGAGGAGGUGCAGGGUGAAGAGGAGGUGCAGGGUGAAGAGGAGGUGCAGGGUGAAGAGGAGGUGCAGGGUGAAGAGGAGGUGCAGGGUGAAGAGGAGGUGCAGGGUGAAGAGGAGGUGCAGGGUGAAGAGCAGGUGCAGGGUGAAGAGCAGGUGCAGGGUGAAGAGGAGGUGCAGGGUGAAGAGCAGGUGCAGGGUGAAGAGGAGGUGCAGGGUGAAGAGCAGGUGCAGGGUGAAGAGGAGGUGCAGGGUGAAGAGGAGGUGCAGGGUGAAGAGGAGGUGCAGGGUGAAGAGGAGGUGCAGGGUGAAGAGGAGGUGCAGGGUGAAGAGGAGGUGCAGGGUGAAGAGGAGGUGCAGGGUGAAGAGCAGGUGCAGGGUGAAGAGGAGGUGCAGGGUGAAGAGCAGGUGCAGGGUGAAGAGGAGGUGCAGGGUGAAGAGCAGGUGCAGGGUGAAGAGGAGGUGCAGGGUGAAGAGGAGGUGCAGGGUGAAGAGGAGGUGCAGGGUGAAGAGCAGGUGCAGGGUGAAGAGGAGGUGCAGGGUGAAGAGGAGGUGCAGGGUGAAGAGGAGGUGCAGGGUGAAGAGGAGGUGCAGGGUGAAGAGGAGGUGCAGGGUGAAGAGGAGGUGCAGGGUGAAGAGGAGGUGCAGGGUGAAGAGGAGGUGCAGGGUGAAGAGGAGGUGCAGGGUGAAGAGCAGGUGCAGGGUGAAGAGCAGGUGCAGGGUGAAGAGGAGGUGCAGGGUGAAGAGGAGGUGCAGGGUGAAGAGGAGGUGCAGGGUGAAGAGCAGGUGCAGGGUGAAGAGGAGGUGCAGGGUGAAGAGCAGGUGCAGGGUGAAGAGGAGGUGCAGGGUGAAGAGGAGGUGCAGGGUGAAGAGGAGGUGCAGGGUGAAGAGCAGGUGCAGGGUGAAGAGGAGGUGCAGGGUGAAGAGGAGGUGCAGGGUGAAGAGGAGGUGCAGGGUGAAGAGGAGGUGCAGGGUGAAGAGGAGGUGCAGGGUGAAGAGGAGGUGCAGGGUGAAGAGCAGGUGCAGGGUGAAGAGGAGGUGCAGGGUGAAGAGGAGGUGCAGGGUGAAGAGCAGGUGCAGGGUGAAGAGGAGGUGCAGGGUGAAGAGGAGGUGCAGGGUGAAGAGGAGGUGCAGGGUGAAGAGGAGGUGCAGGGUGAAGAGGAGGUGCAGGGUGAAGAGGAGGUGCAGGGUGAAGAGCAGGUGCAGGGUGAAGAGCAGGUGCAGGGUGAAGAGGAGGUGCAGGGUGAAGAGCAGGUGCAGGGUGAAGAGGAGGUGCAGGGUGAAGAGCAGGUGCAGGGUGAAGAGGAGGUGCAGGGUGAAGAGCAGGUGCAGGGAAGAGCAGAGGGUGAAGAGCAGGUGCAGGGUGAAGAGGAGGUGCAGGGUGAAGAGCAGGUGCAGGGUGAAGAGGAGGUGCAGGGUGAAGAGCAGGUGCAGGUGCAGGGUGAAGAGGAGGUGCAGGGUGAAGAGCAGGUGCAGGGUGAAGAGGAGGUGCAGGGUGAAGAGGAGGUGCAGGGUGAAGAGGAGGUGCAGGGUGAAGAGCAGGUGCAGGGUGAAGAGGAGGUGCAGGGUGAAGAGCAGGUGCAGGGUGAAGAGGAGGUGCAGGGUGAAGAGCAGGUGCAGGGUGAAGAGGAGGUGCAGGGUGAAGAGCAGGUGCAGGGUGAAGAGGAGGUGCAGGGUGAAGAGGAGGUGCAGGGUGAAGAGGAGGUGCAGGGUGAAGAGCAGGUGCAGGGUGAAGAGCAGGUGCAGGGUGAAGAGGAGGUGCAGGGUGAAGAGGAGGUGCAGGGUGAAGAGGAGGUGCAGGGUGAAGAGGAGGUGCAGGGUGAAGAGGGGAGGUGCAGGGGUGAAGAGGAGGUGCAGGGUGAAGAGGAGGUGCAGGGUGAAGAGGAGGUGCAGGGUGAAGAGGAGGUGCAGGGUGAAGAGCAGGUGCAGGGUGAAGAGCAGGUGCAGGGUGAAGAGGAGGUGCAGGGUGAAGAGGAGGUGCAGGGUGAAGAGGAGGUGCAGGGUGAAGAGGAGGUGCAGGGUGAAGAGGAGGUGCAGGGUGAAGAGGAGGUGCAGGGUGAAGAGGAGGUGCAGGGUGAAGAGGAGGUGCAGGGUGAAGAGGAGGUGCAGGGUGAAGAGGAGGUGCAGGGUGAAGAGGAGGUGCAGGGUGAAGAGGAGGUGCAGGGUGAAGAGGAGGUGCAGGGUGAAGAGGAGGUGCAGGGUGAAGAGGAGGUGCAGGGUGAAGAGGAGGUGCAGGGUGAAGAGGAGGUGCAGGGUGAAGAGGAGGUGCAGGGUGAAGAGGAGGUGCAGGGUGAAGAGGAGGUGCAGGGUGAAGAGGAGGUGCAGGGUGAAGAGGAGGUGCAGGGUGAAGAGGAGGUGCAGGGUGAAGAGGAGGUGCAGGGUGAAGAGGAGGUGCAGGGUGAAGAGGAGGUGCAGGGUGAAGAGGAGGUGCAGGGUGAAGAGGAGGGUGAAGAGGAGGUGCAGGGUGAAGAGCCGGUGCAGGGUGAAGAGGAGGUGCAGGGUGAAGAGGAGGUGCAGGGUGAAGAGGAGGUGCAGGGUGAAGAGGAGGUGCAGGGUGAAGAGGAGGUGCAGGGUGAAGAGGAGGUGCAGGGUGAAGAGGAGGUGCAGGGUGAAGAGGAGGUGCAGGGUGAAGAGGAGGUGCAGGGUGAAGAGGAGGUGCAGGGUGAAGAGGAGGUGCAGGGUGAAGAGGAGGUGCAGGGUGAAGAGCAGGUGCAGGGUGAAGAGGAGGUGCAGGGUGAAGAGCAGGUGCAGGGUGAAGAGGAGGUGCAGGGUGAAGAGGAGGUGCAGGGUGAAGAGGAGGUGCAGGGUGAAGAGGAGGUGCAGGGUGAAGAGCAGGUGCAGGGUGAAGAGGAGGUGCAGGGUGAAGAGGAGGUGCAGGGUGAAGAGGAGGUGCAGGGUGAAGAGGAGGUGCAGGGUGAAGAGGAGGUGCAGGGUGAAGAGGAGGUGCAGGGUGAAGAGGAGGUGCAGGGUGAAGAGGAGGUGCAGGGUGAAGAGGAGGUGCAGGGUGAAGAGGAGGUGCAGGGUGAAGAGGAGGUGCAGGGUGAAGAGGCAGGUGCAGGGUGCAGGGUGAAGAGGAGGUGCAGGGUGAAGAGCAGGUGCAGGGUGAAGAGGAGGUGCAGGGUGAAGAGGCAGGUGCAGGGUGAAGAGGAGGUGCAGGGUGAAGAGGAGGUGCAGGGUGAAGAGGAGGUGCAGGGUGAAGAGGAGGUGCAGGGUGAAGAGGAGGUGCAGGGUGAAGAGGAGGUGCAGGGUGAAGAGGAGGUGCAGGGUGAAGAGGAGGUGCAGGGUGAAGAGGAGGUGCAGGGUGAAGAGGAGGUGCAGGGUGAAGAGGAGGUGCAGGGUGAAGAGGAGGUGCAGGGUGAAGAGGAGGUGCAGGGUGAAGAGCAGGUGCAGGUGAAGAGAGGUGCAGGGGAAGAGGAGGUGCAGGGUGAAGAGCAGGUGCAGGGUGAAGAGCAGGUGCAGGGUGAAGAGGAGGUGCAGGGUGAAGAGGAGGUGCAGGGUGAAGAGCAGGGUGAAGAGGAGGUGCAGGGUGAAGAGGAGGUGCAGGGUGAAGAGGAGGUGCAGGGUGAAGAGGAGGUGCAGGGUGAAGAGCAGGUGCAGGGUGAAGAGGAGGUGCAGGGUGAAGAGCAGGUGCAGGGUGAAGAGGAGGUGCAGGGUGAAGAGCAGGGUGAAGAGGAGGUGCAGGGUGAAGAGGAGGUGCAGGGUGAAGAGGAGGUGCAGGGUGAAGAGGAGGUGCAGGGUGAAGAGGAGGUGCAGGGUGAAGAGCAGGUGCAGGGUGAAGAGGAGGUGCAGGGUGAAGAGGAGGUGCAGGGUGAAGAGGAGGUGCAGGGUGAAGAGGAGGUGCAGGGUGAAGAGGAGGUGCAGGGUGAAGAGGAGGUGCAGGGUGAAGAGGAGGUGCAGGGUGAAGAGGAGGUGCAGGGUGAAGAGGAGGUGCAGGGUGAAGAGGAGGUGCAGGGUGAAGAGCAGGUGCAGGGUGAAGAGGAGGUGCAGGGUGAAGAGGAGGUGCAGGGUGAAGAGGAGGUGCAGGGUGAAGAGGAGGUGCAGGGUGAAGAGGAGGUGCAGGGUGAAGAGGAGGUGCAGGGUGAAGAGGAGGUGCAGGGUGAAGAGGAGGUGCAGGGUGAAGAGGAGGUGCAGGGUGAAGAGGAGGUGCAGGGUGAAGAGGAGGUGCAGGGUGAAGAGGAGGUGCAGGGUGAAGAGGAGGUGCAGGGUGAAGAGGAGGUGCAGGGUGAAGAGGAGGUGCAGGGUGAAGAGGAGGUGCAGGGUGAAGAGGAGGUGCAGGGUGAAGAGGAGGUGCAGGGUGAAGAGCAGGUGCAGGGUGAAGAGGAGGUGCAGGGUGAAGAGGAGGUGCAGGGUGAAGAGGAGGUGCAGGGUGAAGAGGAGGUGCAGGGUGAAGAGGAGGUGCAGGGUGAAGAGGCAGGGGUGAAGAGGAGGCAGGUGAAGCAGGUGCAGGGUGAAGAGCAGGUGCAGGGUGAAGAGGAGGUGCAGGGUGAAGAGGAGGUGCAGGGUGAAGAGGAGGUGCAGGGUGAAGAGGAGGUGCAGGGUGAAGAGGAGGUGCAGGGUGAAGAGGAGGUGCAGGGUGAAGAGGAGGUGCAGGGUGAAGAGGAGGUGCAGGGUGAAGAGGAGGUGCAGGGUGAAGAGGAGGUGCAGGGUGAAGAGGAGGUGCAGGGUGAAGAGGAGGUGCAGGGUGAAGAGGAGGUGCAGGGUGAAGAGGAGGUGCAGGGUGAAGAGGAGGUGCAGGGUGAAGAGGAGGUGCAGGGUGAAGAGGAGGUGCAGGGUGAAGAGGAGGUGCAGGGUGAAGAGGAGGUGCAGGGUGAAGAGGAGGUGCAGGGUGAAGAGGAGGUGCAGGGUGAAGAGGAGGUGCAGGGUGAAGAGGAGGUGCAGGGUGAAGAGGAGGUGCAGGGUGAGGGUGAAGAGGAGGUGCAGGGUGAAGAGCAGGUGCAGGGUGAAGAGGAGGUGCAGGGUGAAGAGGAGGUGCAGGGUGAAGAGGAGGUGCAGGGUGAAGAGGAGGUGCAGGGUGAAGAGGAGGUGCAGGGUGAAGAGGAGGUGCAGGGUGAAGAGGAGGUGCAGGGUGAAGAGGAGGUGCAGGGUGAAGAGGAGGUGCAGGGUGAAGAGGAGGGUGAAGAGGAGGUGCAGGGUGAAGAGGAGGUGCAGGGUGAAGAGGAGGUGCAGGGUGAAGAGGAGGUGCAGGGUGAAGAGGAGGUGCAGGGUGAAGAGGAGGUGCAGGGUGAAGAGGAGGUGCAGGGUGAAGAGGAGGUGCAGGGUGAAGAGGAGGUGCAGGGUGAAGAGGAGGUGCAGGGUGAAGAGGAGGUGCAGGGUGAAGAGAGUGCAGGGUGCAGAGGGGUGCAGGGUGAAGAGGAGGUGCAGGGUGAAGAGGAGGUGCAGGGUGAAGAGGAGGUGCAGGGUGAAGAGGAGGUGCAGGGUGAAGAGGAGGUGCAGGGUGAAGAGGAGGUGCAGGGUGAAGAGCCGGUGCAGGGUGAAGAGGAGGUGCAGGGUGAAGAGCCGGUGCAGGGUGAAGAGGAGGUGCAGGGUGAAGAGGAGGUGCAGGGUGAAGAGGAGGUGCAGGGUGAAGAGGAGGUGCAGGGUGAAGAGGAGGUGCAGGGUGAAGAGGAGGUGCAGGGUGAAGAGGAGGUGCAGGGUGAAGAGGAGGUGCAGGGUGAAGAGGAGGUGCAGGGUGAAGAGGAGGUGCAGGGUGAAGAGGAGGUGCAGGGUGAAGAGGAGGUGCAGGGUGAAGAGGAGGUGCAGGGUGAAGAGGAGGUGCAGGGUGAAGAGGAGGUGCAGGGUGAAGAGGAGGUGCAGGGUGAAGAGGAGGUGCAGGGUGAAGAGGAGGUGCAGGGUGAAGAGGAGGUGCAGGGUGAAGAGCAGGUGCAGGGUGAAGAGGAGGUGCAGGGUGAAGAGGAGGUGCAGGGUGAAGAGGAGGUGCAGGGUGAAGAGGAGGUGCAGGGUGAAGAGGAGGUGCAGGGUGAAGAGGAGGUGCAGGGUGAAGAGGAGGUGCAGGGUGAAGAGGAGGUGCAGGGUGAAGAGGAGGUGCAGGGUGAAGAGGAGGUGCAGGGUGAAGAGGAGGUGCAGGGUGAAGAGCAGGUGCAGGGUGAAGAGGAGGUGCAGGGUGAAGAGGAGGUGCAGGGUGAAGAGGAGGUGCAGGGUGAAGAGGAGGUGCAGGGUGAAGAGGAGGUGCAGGGUGAAGAGCAGGUGCAGGGUGAAGAGGAGGUGCAGGGUGAAGAGGAGGUGCAGGGUGAAGAGGAGGUGCAGGGUGAAGAGGAGGUGCAGGGUGAAGAGGAGGUGCAGGGUGAAGAGGAGGUGCAGGGUGAAGAGGAGGUGCAGGGUGAAGAGGAGGUGCAGGGUGAAGAGGAGGUGCAGGGUGAAGAGGAGGUGCAGGGUGAAGAGGAGGUGCAGGGUGAAGAGGAGGUGCAGGGUGAAGAGGAGGUGCAGGGUGAAGAGGAGGUGCAGGGUGAAGAGGAGGUGCAGGGUGAAGAGGAGGUGCAGGGUGAAGAGGAGGUGCAGGGUGAAGAGGAGGUGCAGGGUGAAGAGGAGGUGCAGGGUGAAGAGGAGGUGCAGGGUGAAGAGGAGGUGCAGGGUGAAGAGGAGGUGCAGGGUGAAGAGGAGGUGCAGGGUGAAGAGGAGGUGCAGGGUGAAGAGGAGGUGCAGGGUGAAGAGGAGGUGCAGGGUGAAGAGGAGGUGCAGGGUGAAGAGGAGGUGCAGGGUGAAGAGGAGGUGCAGGGUGAAGAGGAGGUGCAGGGUGAAGAGGAGGUGCAGGGUGAAGAGGAGGUGCAGGGUGAAGAGGAGGUGCAGGGUGAAGAGGAGGUGCAGGGUGAAGAGGAGGUGCAGGGUGAAGAGGAGGUGCAGGGUGAAGAGGAGGUGCAGGGUGAAGAGGAGGUGCAGGGUGAAGAGGAGGUGCAGGGUGAAGAGGAGGUGCAGGGUGAAGAGGAGGUGCAGGGUGAAGAGGAGGUGCAGGGUGAAGAGGAGGUGCAGGGUGAAGAGGAGGUGCAGGGUGAAGAGGAGGUGCAGGGUGAAGAGGAGGUGCAGGGUGAAGAGGAGGUGCAGGGUGAAGAGGAGGUGCAGGGUGAAGAGGAGGUGCAGGGUGAAGAGGAGGUGCAGGGUGAAGAGGAGGUGCAGGGUGAAGAGGAGGUGCAGGGUGAAGAGGAGGUGCAGGGUGAAGAGGAGGUGCAGGGUGAAGAGGAGGUGCAGGGUGAAGAGGAGGUGCAGGGUGAAGAGGAGGUGCAGGGUGAAGAGGAGGUGCAGGGUGAAGAGGAGGUGCAGGGUGAAGAGGAGGUGCAGGGUGAAGAGGAGGUGCAGGGUGAAGAGGAGGUGCAGGGUGAAGAGGAGGUGCAGGGUGAAGAGGAGGUGCAGGGUGAAGAGGAGGUGCAGGGUGAAGAGGAGGUGCAGGGUGAAGAGGAGGUGCAGGGUGAAGAGGAGGUGCAGGGUGAAGAGGAGGUGCAGGGUGAAGAGGAGGUGCAGGGUGAAGAGGAGGUGCAGGGUGAAGAGGAGGUGCAGGGUGAAGAGGAGGUGCAGGGUGAAGAGGAGGUGCAGGGUGAAGAGGAGGUGCAGGGUGAAGAGGAGGUGCAGGGUGAAGAGGAGGUGCAGGGUGAAGAGGAGGUGCAGGGUGAAGAGGAGGUGCAGGGUGAAGAGGAGGUGCAGGGUGAAGAGGAGGUGCAGGGUGAAGAGGAGGUGCAGGGUGAAGAGGAGGUGCAGGGUGAAGAGGAGGUGCAGGGUGAAGAGGAGGUGCAGGGUGAAGAGGAGGUGCAGGGUGAAGAGGAGGUGCAGGGUGAAGAGGAGGUGCAGGGUGAAGAGGAGGUGCAGGGUGAAGAGGAGGUGCAGGGUGAAGAGGAGGUGCAGGGUGAAGAGGAGGUGCAGGGUGAAGAGGAGGUGCAGGGUGAAGAGGAGGUGCAGGGUGAAGAGGAGGUGCAGGGUGAAGAGGAGGUGCAGGGUGAAGAGGAGGUGCAGGGUGAAGAGGAGGUGCAGGGUGAAGAGGAGGUGCAGGGUGAAGAGGAGGUGCAGGGUGAAGAGGAGGUGCAGGGUGAAGAGGAGGUGCAGGGUGAAGAGGAGGUGCAGGGUGAAGAGGAGGUGCAGGGUGAAGAGGAGGUGCAGGGUGAAGAGGAGGUGCAGGGUGAAGAGGAGGUGCAGGGUGAAGAGGAGGUGCAGGGUGAAGAGGAGGUGCAGGGUGAAGAGGAGGUGCAGGGUGAAGAGGAGGUGCAGGGUGAAGAGGAGGUGCAGGGUGAAGAGGAGGUGCAGGGUGAAGAGGAGGUGCAGGGUGAAGAGGAGGUGCAGGGUGAAGAGGAGGUGCAGGGUGAAGAGGAGGUGCAGGGUGAAGAGGAGGUGCAGGGUGAAGAGGAGGUGCAGGGUGAAGAGGAGGUGCAGGGUGAAGAGGAGGUGCAGGGUGAAGAGGAGGUGCAGGGUGAAGAGGAGGUGCAGGGUGAAGAGGAGGUGCAGGGUGAAGAGGAGGUGCAGGGUGAAGAGGAGGUGCAGGGUGAAGAGGAGGUGCAGGGUGAAGAGGAGGUGCAGGGUGAAGAGGAGGUGCAGGGUGAAGAGGAGGUGCAGGGUGAAGAGGAGGUGCAGGGUGAAGAGGAGGUGCAGGGUGAAGAGGAGGUGCAGGGUGAAGAGGAGGUGCAGGGUGAAGAGGAGGUGCAGGGUGAAGAGGAGGUGCAGGGUGAAGAGGAGGUGCAGGGUGAAGAGGAGGUGCAGGGUGAAGAGGAGGUGCAGGGUGAAGAGGAGGUGCAGGGUGAAGAGGAGGUGCAGGGUGAAGAGGAGGUGCAGGGUGAAGAGGAGGUGCAGGGUGAAGAGGAGGUGCAGGGUGAAGAGGAGGUGCAGGGUGAAGAGGAGGUGCAGGGUGAAGAGGAGGUGCAGGGUGAAGAGGAGGUGCAGGGUGAAGAGGAGGUGCAGGGUGAAGAGGAGGUGCAGGGUGAAGAGGAGGUGCAGGGUGAAGAGGAGGUGCAGGGUGAAGAGGAGGUGCAGGGUGAAGAGGAGGUGCAGGGUGAAGAGGAGGUGCAGGGUGAAGAGGAGGUGCAGGGUGAAGAGGAGGUGCAGGGUGAAGAGGAGGUGCAGGGUGAAGAGGAGGUGCAGGGUGAAGAGGAGGUGCAGGGUGAAGAGGAGGUGCAGGGUGAAGAGGAGGUGCAGGGUGAAGAGGAGGUGCAGGGUGAAGAGGAGGUGCAGGGUGAAGAGGAGGUGCAGGGUGAAGAGGAGGUGCAGGGUGAAGAGGAGGUGCAGGGUGAAGAGGAGGUGCAGGGUGAAGAGGAGGUGCAGGGUGAAGAGGAGGUGCAGGGUGAAGAGGAGGUGCAGGGUGAAGAGGAGGUGCAGGGUGAAGAGGAGGUGCAGGGUGAAGAGGAGGUGCAGGGUGAAGAGGAGGUGCAGGGUGAGAGCAGGUGCAGGGUGAAGGAGCAGGUGCAGGGUGAAGAGGAGGUGCAGGGUGAAGAGCAGGUGCAGGGUGAAGAGGAGGUGCAGGGUGAAGAGCAGGUGCAGGGUGAAGAGGAGGUGCAGGGUGAAGAGGAGGUGCAGGGUGAAGAGGAGGUGCAGGUGCAGGGUGAAGAGCAGGUGCAGGGUGAAGAGCAGGUGCAGGGUGAAGAGGAGGUGCAGGGUGAAGAGGAGGUGCAGGGUGAAGAGGAGGUGCAGGGUGAAGAGGAGGUGCAGGGUGAAGAGGCAGGUGCAGGGGUGGAAGAGGAGGUGCAGGGUGAAGAGCAGGUGCAGGGUGAAGAGGAGGUGAAGGGGUGCAGGUGUGAAGAGCAGGUGCAGGUGAAGAGCAGGUGCCAGGGUGAAGAGGAGGUGCAGGGUGAAGAGCAGGUGCAGGGUGAAGAGGAGGGGCAGGGUGAAGAACAGGUGCAGGGUGAAGAGGAGGUGCAGGGUGAAGAGCAGGUGCAGGGUGAAGAGGAGGUGCAGGGUGAAGAGGAGGUGCAGGGUGAAGAGGAGGUGCAGGGUGAAGAGGAGGUGCAGGGUGAAGAGCAGGUGCGGGGUGAAGAGGAGGUGCAGGGUGAAGAGCAGGUGCAGGGUGAAGAGCAGGUGCAGGGUGAAGAGGAGGUGCAGGGUGAAGAGGAGGUGCAGGGUGAAGAGGAGGUGCAGGGUGAAGAGGAGGUGCGGGGUGAAGAGGAGGUGCAGGGUGAAGAGGAGGUGCAGGCUCCAUGGCCUUGCCCCCAUGGCCUUGGCCCCAUGGCCGUGCCUUCUCCUUGCAGCAAGCAUGGAGUCUCCUCUCACCUGCGCUUGCCUCUUUGCCGUACUCUCACCCACUCUGCUGCUUCCACCUUCCCUCGCUCUCCGCUCACUCCCACGUCCUGCCUCCUUGCCUUUGCCCACCUACUGUCACUCUCUGCGUUGCAAUCAGGACGGCUGCCCGUUCAUCUGCCCGAGGCAUCAGUGCAAGCAGCGCGGGUGCCGGGCAGCAGUGGCGGUGGUGUGCCGCAGCUGCCCCUCCUCCUGGUGCUCCCUGCACGUGCCACCCUCCUCUGUCGACUGCGAGCCCUCGUUUCUGAGAAGGUUCCGCGUGCAGCCGCAAGUGCGCAUCACCAUCUGCCCCUGCUGCCAGGCAGGGUGAGCGCUGUGGACGCUCAUGGGGGCAUGGCUGCAGCAGGUGGGAUGGUGGCAGCCGGUGGGGCCAUGGGGGCAGGUGGAGGUGCGCGGGGAGGCGGUGAGAUGCAUGGGGUGGCAGGGAUGGGCAUGGCGACGCAUGGGGUGAUGGGUCAGUAUGCCCCUGUCAUGGGCCAGCAACCCGUCAUGGGCCUUCAGCCACAGCAGCAGCCGCACAUGGGGCAGCAACAGGUGGCACAGCAGCAGGUGAUGGGACAAGGCGUCACGUCAGCAUCAAGGCAGCAGGGGCUUAUCACGGGGCAGCAUGCAGCAGCAGCAGCAUCGGCAGGGGUGGGAGCUCCAGGCAUGGCAGCAGCCGCAGGUGGGGCAGCAGCGGCAAGGGAGUGGGCGGAGGUGUUGGAGGAGAUUCGGUUUGUGCCCAACAACCGCCCUGCUGACAUCUUCAACCUCCUCCACCUGGUGAGACGCCCCUGCCUGGUGAGACGCCCCUGCCUGGUGAGACGCCCCUGCCUGGCACUGCCACUAGCGAGAGCACAGGGCCUGACACCCGAGGCACUGGCAGUGUUGGAGCGAGCUGCCUCCGCCGCCGCUGCUGCUGCUGCCACCUCUCCCUCGUCCCUCCCUGCUGGCCCCAGCCCCGGCUCCCACCGCCCCUCUGGCGCUGCUGCUGCUGCCAAGACCAUGGCCCUGCAGGUGGGUGCGGCACAUGGUGGGGUUGGGGGGCAGGAGGUGGAAUUGGGUGGAGAAGGGAUGCAGGGAGUUGGGUUAAGCACAACAUUUAGAGAAGGUUAUACUGAACUUCCUUUCCUGUUGGUGGUGCUUCGUGCCCUUGGAAUGGUGAUGCAUGACCGUGUGUGA